UAAACUUGUUUUUGUUGAGUUUUUUUUUUUUUUCCUUUAAAAGUAGGGUCUGCCUUUAGUGAAACGUGAUGCUCCAGGCAGCAGACCCUGCCUCAUUUAACAAGAACUCACUGACUGAAAAUAACUACCCUCUGCUAGUACAGAUGGUGUUGCUGGCUGAGCUGAAUGAUUUGAAAGAAAAGGUAAUUUUUUUAUAUGCAUCUCUAUCUAAUGUUGUUGAUGACAUUUGUAUUAGACUUUAUACUUAUUAUCAGACAAUGAUUACAUAGUUAGCAGCAAUAAUGUAUAUAUAUAAUGUAUUCCAUGUUGUUGUUUUCGUGCAUUAGCUGUGAUUUUCUUCAAUAUGUACAGCAGUAAGAUAUAUAUUUUAGUCCAUUGUAUCAAGUCAAAGAUAACUUGUAUCCUAUAAGUGAAUGAUUGGAAUGUUAUCACUUACUAUUAGUUUGUGAGUUUGGGUUGGCAGUGUAGAAAUCAGCCAAAAUUACAUUUUAUUUAUUAUUUAUGUAGUAAGUAUUUUAUUUCUUUAUACCUUGUCAUCAUAUAAAUAAAUUUAUGGUCCAAGGAUAAUCAAUCGCUGACAUUGCACCUACUCACAUCAUGCUCACACACCAGAUAACAUGUUUUAUAGAUCAUACAUUAUAAAAUAAUGAUAAUAAUAAUAAUCAUAAUAAUAAUAAUAAUCAUAUUAACAGUAAUAGCCAUAACGGCAAAAGUGGUUGGUUUUAUAUUUCUCUGUGAAUCUCAUAAGGUUGUUGUAUUACAAAUGAAUGAGUUUAGAGAUUAUGCAAAAUUAGGAUAAAAUUCAGGGCAAAUAGUAAGAAAAGUUUAAAAUGAAAUAGUCUUAAACAUUAUACAAUUUAUCAAUGUUUGUUUGUUUGUUCCACUAACACUGUUUAGUAUAAAUUUAGCAAGUUGGUAUAGUGAGCAGACAUACAGUACAUUUCCAAGACUCGUAAAAUGUACAUGCAAAGGAAGAUAUUUAAUAUAAGACCAUGCCGUCUGUGUACUUAGUGUGUCAUUGGAUCUCACUAAGUUUACCUGAGCUGAGACUAUCUAUAUAGACACUCUGUCUAUGCUAGUUUAGCUAGGCAGUAUCAUGUUUGCUUAAUGCAGAUGCAAUGGGGAUCGCUUUGUUGUGUGAUGGAGUUAUACUCUCAACAUAUAUCAAACACUUUCAGAAGUUUAUUGUUUAAAGAUGUUUCAUUCGUUUGCUAGGAACACAUUGCUAACACACCAGCAAAAUACAAACGAACCAAGAUGGUAAACAUCUCUCCAAUUCUUCGCCUUCUUGCAAAUCACGACGUGCAACUAAUACUGAAUAAUACAUUUGGAGGUGUAUUCCCUCAAAGUCAAAUUGCACCACAUUAAAAUCUGAAUGAAAACAUGUUUGUCAAAAUAGCUAACUUGGAUAGGGUGAUCAGAUCCGCCAUGUUUUUCUGUGACACGUAUCACAUAUACAUAUCGAUGGACAGCACAUAAAAAGGGCUGCCCUGUAGUAAGUAGAAUUUAGAAGAAGGUGUAUUAGAUUCAGCAAUUAGGCAUUGAAGAGUCCUGCAAUGAGGCAGUAGAUGUUAAUGCAGAAUAUGCUUUAUACACACUGCAGGGCAACCCUUUUCAUGCAUUUUCAUAAAUAUUAAACGUAUGUCUCUAUAAACGUGGUGGAUCUGGUCACCAUAAGCUUGGAUAAAUUCUACAGUAUCACAGCUGUUGUAUCCUAAAUUAUGUUUUUUGUUUUUUUAUUUCCAUUCCGUAGAAAUUUGUGUUUAGAGAAUAAACACCAUAGAUUUGUCAUGAAAUGAAAUAAUGUAAUCACGUUAUCGUCAAUGCUGAAAGCACUUGUACCAGUCACUGGGUAGGGGGAAUGUAUUAACUGUAAUAAUGAUUUGUGGAGCACUGCAGCUCAGGACAUUAGUCUUUAUAAUUCGUCUUAUAAGCUGCUGAUUUUCAUUGAUGUGUUACUGGUGGUUUCGAUCCAACUGAAACAUUUUGUAAUUCACGUACAUAGCACCUUCUAGUUCUGAACAUCCAACUUGUCUUGUUGCAAAUACUUGUUUGUUAGUCCACCUUUGGUCCAGCGCUGCGGAAUUUGUUGGCGCUUUAUGAAUAAUAUUAAGAUAUAAUAAUAUUGUAGAUUAUUAUCAGACGUAUGGACAGAUAGAUAGAUAGACGGAUGGAUGGACAGACAGACAGAGAGAUAGAUAGAAGGACAGAUAGACCGAUAGAUAGAUAGAUUGAUAGAUAGAUAGAUAGAUAGAUAGACCGAUAGAUAGAUAGAUAGAUAGACAGACAGACAGAUAGAUAGAUAGAUAGAUAGAUAGAUAGAUAGAUAGAUGGACAGACGGAUGGACAGAUAGAUAGAUAGAUAGAUGGAUGGAUGGACAGACAGACAGACAGAGAGAUAGAUAGAUAGAUAGAUAUAUAGAUAGAUAGAUAGAUAGAUAGAUAGAUAGAUAGAUAGAAGGACAGGUAGGCCGAUAGAGAGAUAGAGAGAUAGAUAGACAGACAGAUAGAUAGAUAGAUAGAUAGAUAGAUAGACCAAUAGAUAGAUAGAUAGAUAGAAGGACAUAUAGACCGAUAGAUAGAUAGAGAGAUAGAUAGAUAGACAGAGAGAUAGAUAGACCAAUAGAUAAAUAGAUAGAUAGAUGGACAGACGGGUGGACAGAUAGGUAGGUAGAUAGAUAGAUAGAUAGAUAGAUAGAUAGAUAGAUAGAUAGAUAGAUAGAUAGAUAGAUAGAUAGAUAGAUAGAUAGAUAGAUAGGAUAGACAGACAGAUAGAUAGAUAGAUAGAUAGGAUAGACAGACAGAUAGAUAGAUAGAGAGAUAGAUAGAUAGAUAGAUAGAUAGAUAGAUAGAUAGAUAGAUAGAUAGAUAGAUAGAUAGACCAAUAGAUAAAUAGAUAGAUAGAUGGACAGACGGAUGGACAGAUAGGUAGGUAGAUAGAUAGAUAGAUAGAUAGAUAGAUAGACAGACAGAUAGAUAGAUAGAUAGAUAGAUAGAUAGAUAGAUAGACCAAUAGAUAGAUAGAUAGAUAGAAGGACAUAUAGACCGAUAGAUAGAUAGAGAGAUAGAUAGACAGAGAGAUAGAUAGACCAAUAGAUAAAUAGAUAGAUAGAUGGACAGACGGAUGGACAGAUAGAUAGAUAGAUAGAUAGAUAGAUAGUGUGUAUACAGCUCUAUAAAUAGUUACAUAGAACAGUGCAGGUGUUAUUCAGAGUGCUGACACAUUACCAUGAACUAUUGCAGCUCGUGGAGAAGUCCAUCUGUUUUUUUAAGUUAGUACUGUACUGGGCUUGUUUCCAUCACAAACAACACAUCCCUCUCCCAAAGCAGAGCUGUACCCCACGGUGUGCACUCCUUGCCCCCUUCUUUAGAACAGCGGGGAAAGCUAAGGAAUGUUUUCAUGCGACAGAUAAAGAACAGGACGCUGUCAAGCUUUGUUAAGUCUUUGAAUUAUUUUCACGUGAGUUACCGUGUCAAAGUGAAUUUACAAGUCACUGUUUGUGUGUGAACCUGCAAUUAUUGUAUAAUUAACCACAUUAUCUGAACUGUACUGCCCCAGGCUUCCUUCACCAGUGACAAUAACUAAAAGAAAUAUAAAUAAAAGAUACAUUAAAGCAACAGUAACAGGGGUAUUCACUAGAGUGUGCAUUGUCUGGAACUCAAAGUGAAUUUGAAAAAUGAAUUUAACAUUUUAGGCCAAAUGACUGAAUUAAAUAAAGUUGACUUAAAGAAUCCAGUUCAGCUUUCUUGGUAAUGGUAUUAACUUUAAAACCACUUUGCAUUCUCAACUAUUCUCCCUUUAAUGAAUACCUCUGUAUUUUAGGAUUAAAAAAAAAUAAAACUGCAUUGAAUUCAGAAAAACUGGUCUCAAAUAUAACCUAACCAGGGCCGGCCCAAGAAAUGGUGCCACCUGGGUGUGUAUAUAGUGUAUGCAGUAAGAGUGUUUUGGAUGCAGUGUGUCUGUGUAGUGGAUGUAGUGUCUGUGUGUAGUUGAUGUAGUUUGUGUGUUUAUAGUGUUUGGUGUGUGUAGUGGAUGUAGAGUGUGUGUAUAUAGUGUAUGCAGUGAGUGUGUUUUGGAUUCAGUGUGUCUGUGCGUAGUAGAUGCAGAGUGUUUGUGUGUAUAGUGUAUGUAGUGGAUGUAGUGUGUGUGUGUGUGUAUAGUGUAUGGUGUGUGUAGUAGAUGCAGAGUGUGUGUAUAUAGUGUAUGCAGUGUGUGUUGUGGAUGCAGUAUCUGUUGUAGCAGUGGCAGCUCCAGCAAUUGCCUCCCUUGACCCCUUCACUCGGCUCUCCAUCUCCCUUGCUCUCCCCUUCUGGCCCAUGCCUUCACGGACUGGUGGGGAGAUCAGAGACCUCUCUCACCAGCCCGCUUAAAUGUAGCAGCCGGCAGGGGAGCUAUAGCCAACAGCUCCACUGGGUACUCAUCUUGCGAGCCUGGAGCUCAGGAUGCUGCGAGAGUGAACGCUAGCCCAGGAGCUGCAGACUAGAGUUCACUCCCUACUGGGACCACCAGCGAUUGCGUUGUAAUGUCUCCCCUCCGUGAGCAAAGGUAAAAAGGGAAAGGGGACAUAAAGAUUACUUAUAAAAACAAACAAACAUAUAUAACAUAUAUUCAUUUAUUUAAAAUUAAUAUAUAUAUAUAUUUAUGUGCUCCCGUUUGCCCCUUCACACACAAUACAGUCCUGUAUCAGUCCCAACACAGUCACAUACUGCACUCCUCAUGCACAAACUUCAUCUCUCACACACACUGCACCCCUCACACACACUUCAUACCUCACACAGACACUUCGCCCCUCAUACCCCUCACACACACACUGCACACCUCACAAACACAUUGGAUUCCUCACACACACACACUACAUCCCUCACGCACACUGCACCCCUCAAACACACUGCAUCCCUCACACACACACUGCACCACUUACACACACAUUGCUCCCCUUACACAAACACACUGUUUCCCUAACACACACACAUUGCACCCCUCACACACAUUGCACCCCUCAAACAAUUUACUGUACUUAUCCUCUUCUGCAGGCCAUAUCCCCCACUACAGCCCCUAUCCCAGCAUAUCUCAUGUAAGUUGUCAAACUGUUCUUAAAUGUUUGACUACUUACUCUGGGAGAGCGCUAUGGUACUCCUGGUGACACAACCACUACAUAGAGCUGUUUUGGUUAUUGCGCUUGGAUUGUUCCUUUAAAUAAUCUACCAGUGCCCGUCCCGGGAUUAGGUUCUGGAUCCGUCCUUGGUGUAUGCAGAGAGUGUGUAUAGUGGAUGCAGUGUGUGUGUAUAGUGGAUAGAGAAAGUAUGUCUUUGUAGUGGAUGGUGUGUGUGUCUGUGUGUGUGUGUGUAGUGGAUGCAGUGUCUGUAGUGGAUGCAGUGUGUGUAUGUGUGUGUAUAGGGGAUGCAGAGAGUGUGUCUAUGUAGUGUAUGCAGUGUCUGUGUAUAGUGUAGUACAUGUAGUAGUGAGGUUGGAUAGGGGCUGUGAGGGGUGAACAGUUUUUUUUUUAUUUUUUAUGUAUGUAUGUAUAAUUAGGCUUUUUACCCCCUUCCUGCCUCUUACUUGUGGACAACUCUAGCAGCAUGUCUUCUCCUCUUGCGAGCCACAUGAGCGUUGCUGCAGGUUGCCAUGGAGUUGCUGGAGGAGAAGAUUAAACUUCUGGGGCCCCUCUUCCCAGAGGCUGUAGGUUCAGUCAUGUAAACAUUGCCUUUUUAGAGAAUAGGUAGUGUUUACAUUACAGCCUAGGAACACCUCUAGUGUAAGUCACUCAGAUGGCCUUUAGAGGUGCUUCCUAUCUCAGUGCAUGCACUAUGCUCUGCAUGUAGAAGCUGAACACUCCCCUUAGAGAUACAUUGAAUCAAUGCAUCUCUAUGAAGAGAUGCUGAUUGACACCAUGCAGUGUUUUGCCACACAUGCGCAUUAGUCUCAUAAUGCUCUCCUAUUGCAAAGCAUUAGAUUGGUUGAGAUCAUCAAGAUUGAAGAAAAGGUAAAUAAAAUAACCUCUUAGCUCCACAGAUAGGCGGGCCAGACACCCAACCAUGUAAUCCAGCAUUACAGUGUUCUUUUAAGUGAUGAUCAAGCACUACUCUUCAUCUCUCUUCAACAGAAAGUCCCCAGGCGUUAACACAAUGUCUGUAUUUAUCUAAAGACAUUACCUCCAACAUACUUCACAGGAAUGCUUGCUGUAAUUAAUAACAUGAGAGGAACUUCCAUUGUAGUUUAAUAUAUCUAAUAAGGUUAUAUGGUAGUGUUCCCAGGUAAAUAACAUAACAACAUGAUUAAAGCUGCCUAGUGCUUCUGUGGGAGCAGCGACCCUAACUAAAGGUUGUAUCUAUUUGAGAAAAGUCUUCUCCAAUUUGGCCAAUACUAGUCACUAACGCAUUGUAGAAAGCAUGCAGUAAAAAAAAGUCACUGCUUUUUGUAUCCAGCAGUCAGUUUGUGGUCACAUUGAGAUUUACUAGUACAUUUCUUAACUGGGUAAAAAUAUUUACAAAUUAGAACUUUUUGAGCAUCUUAUUUGAUCUCAUGUUAAAACAUCACAAUGAUGUGUAUUUUUUAAUGUGUAAUUUUCUAUAGGUCAUAUUUAUUGUGCCCAUUUUCGUUCUAUAUUAAUCAUAGUGUGAACAUGUAUUCACUAUUUUAAUUUUAGACACUCAACUUGCAAAUCAUUUUGCACUCCUUGCUUUUAGAUCUAAUCCAGUUUGCAGGCAUGUACAUGUACAUGUACAGAGCAUGUGGUAUACUAGAUGAAACGUGUUAGGCAUUGCCUGCCCCUGAGACAGUAUGACGGCUGUAUUUUAAAUGUUAAAAAAAAGGUUACAUUUUUAAGAGUUGUUGAAGAAUGUUUCUAGAAUGUACUUCUAUUUGAACUAAAACUAAAUCGGUUUUAUUGUGCUACAGAUUCUCAAUGAGAUUAAGAGAAUGACUUUCAAUUGGUAACAGGAGGACCCGUUCUUGAGAUUGCCACGAUGGCAAUGGUAGGGUUGUAGUGGUCAAAUAUGGGUUAUCGUGUCCUUGUUAUGAGAAUAGUUUUUAUCUUUUUUUGAACUUUUUUGAACUUGAGCUUUCGCCACCUCGGGUUCCUGUACUUUUGUCAGCAACAUAUUUCAGGGUUUCAUUUUUUUUACAUGAAUCCACUAAAACUGUAAACUAAUUGAUUUUCAGCCUUAGUGUGUUAAAAUAAAAUACCAAACUAUGACAUUUUCCAGUCUAAAUCUAAUAUCAACUACAAAUUAUUGUUUUUAAGCUUUAAUAUGUUGAAAUAAAUAUCACACAAAACAAAAUUGUACAGACUAAACCCAGAGUCAACUUAAAAUAUUACUUUUUAAGUUUCACUGUAUUAAAAUCAAUCAUAACAUAAAUGUCACUGAGCAGUGUGUAAUGUAUUUAUAAGAGAAAUUGGUAAAACAAGUAAAACAAGUUUAUUUUUUCUAUAUAUCUAUGCAAGACUGGGGGGAAAUAAUCCAGGUUUUAUUAGAUGUGUUACUAUUUUAAUUAAUUCAAGACCAGGGGUUCCCAAUUAAUAUUUCCAGUGGAACCCUUUGACAUAGUGUAUCAACAUUGUGGAAACUCACCCCCCCCCUCCAAAAAAACCCAACAAUUUUGCGCCAUUGCAUAAACCUGUGCUGGUGUGUAUCUGUGUGUCAAGGUGUGUGUGUGUGUAUCUGUGUUUGUAUGUGCCAGUUUGUGUAUCUGUGUGUCAGUGUGUAUCUGUGUCUGUGUGUAUGCAUCUGAGACACAAAUACACACACAAUGGCAUAUAGUGGCACACAGAUACACACACUGACACACCUUGACACACACCUUGACACACAGUGUGUAUGUGUGUGUGUAUGUGUGUAUAUGUAUGAAUGUAUGUUUGUAUCUGUGUGUCAAGGUGUGUGUAUCUGUGUGUCAAAGUGUGUGUAUCUGUGUUUGUAUGUGUCGUACACACUAAAAGGUACACUCACUGGCACAUACACAGAUAUCUGCAUCUGUCAGUGUGUAUAUGCCAGUGUGUGUAUAUGUGUGUGUAUGUAUGUGCCAGUCUGUGUAUAUGUGUGUACAUACACACACAGAUGCACACACUGACACUCAGAUAUACAUAUUGACAUAAAGCUAUACACACACUCAGAUACACACACUGACAGGUACACACACUGGCACAUACACACUGACACACAGAUACACACACUGGCACAUUCAUACAUACAUACAUACUCAGAUACACACACUGACAUAUAUACUGAGCCACAAAUACACAUAGAUACACACAUUAACGCUCAGAUACACACCGUGACAUGCAGAUAUAUUCACAAACUGGGCCUGACAUUGGGAGGGGGCCCAGCGGCGUGCUCUGUGUGCUGCCGGGUGUGACGCCCCUCCCGGCUUCCCAGAGAGCCAGCCUUCAGUCUGCAGCUUUGCCGGAUGAUAGCUUGGACUGAAGUGUCUUGUGACCCCAGCCAAUCAGAGUGUUGUUGCGAGUUACCACAGCAAUGCUCUGACAUGUGGAGAUCGAGAGACUAUCACGUGGUCUGCAGCUCACACCCAGUGGAGCUGCAGACUGAAUAGGGAGCCCCCCGGACCACCAGGGAACCAGGGGACUGGACCACCAGGGAAAAGGGUAUUUUGCUCCCCCACUCUGCUACCUGUCACCCCCCCUAGCUCUGCCCCUUGUCCCCCCUCUAACUCUAUAACCUGUCACUCCCCUUAACUCUGUAAUCUGUCACCCCCUCCAUAACUCUGCCAGCCCCCCAUAACGCUGGACCCCCGCAACUCUGCCACCUCCCUAACUCUGCAACCUGUCACCCCCUCUCCCUGUCACACUCACCUUUACUCACCCUGUCACAGUCACCCCUGAAGACAAUCAUCAAGACAAAGUAAUAAAACUUCCCCAUGAACAAAGUGCACAAAGGCCACAGUUACCUCCCCCCCCCCACAUACACAAAACACAGCAAGCAGCUACCCCACAAACAUACACUUGCUCACAGAAACAUACAUUCACAUACAAGGAUACUCACUGUCAGACACAUACACAGGUAAACAAUGCCAGACACACUAAGAAAUACACACAGCCAGAUAAAAACACAUCUUGACUGUAUGUCUGCAUUAGUCAAUAUUUGUGUCUCUGUGCAUCAGAGCAUGUGAGUUUGUGUGUGUAUGCAUGUGCAUGUAUCAGUGUGUUUAUGUAUUUGUGUAUUAGUGUGUAUAUGUGUGCAUGUAUUAGUGUGUGUAUGUCUGUCUGCAAUAUGAGGGUGGUUGCAAGCAACAUAUAUAUUAUAUGCAUACAUAUAUAUACAAUACAUGGGGAAACACAUACAUAAUAAUAUACAUGUAAAGGAUUAUAGCAUAUGUGGGGAAAAUUACAUUGUUUUCUUAACUGUAACUUUAUUAUUUGGUAAAUAAUAUUUUUUAAAGCCCAACCAAAAUGUAAAUAACCCUUUCACACUGGUAUUUAUGCAUACACAAGUGCCAGGCUAUACAGGGAGUGCAGAAUUAUUAGGCAAGUUGUAUUUUUGAGGAUUAAUUUUAUUAUUGAACAACAACCAUGUUCUCAAUGAACCUAAAAAACUCAUUAAUAUCAAAGCUGAAUAUUUUUGGAAGUAGUUUUUAGUUUGUUUUUAGUUUUAGCUAUGUUAGGGGAAUAUCUGUGUGUGCAGGUGACUAUUACUGUGCAUAAUUAUUAGGCAACUUAACAAAAAACAAAUAUAUACCCAUUUCAAUUAUUUAUUAAUACCAGUGAAACCAAUAUAACAUCUCAACAUUCACAAAUAUACAUUUCUGACAUUCAAAAACAAAACAAAAACAAAUCAGUGACCAAUAAAGCCACCUUUCUUUGCAAGGACACUCAAAAGCCUGCCAUCCAUGGAUUCUGUCAGUGUUUUGAUCUGUUCACCAUCAACAUUGCGUGCAGCAGCAACCACAGCCUCCCAGACACUGUUCAGAGAGGUGUACCGUUUUCCCUCCUUGUAAAUCUCACAUUUGAUGAUGGACCACAGGUUUUCAAUGGGGUUCAGAUCAGGUGAACAAGGAGGCCAUGUCAUUAGAUUUUCUUUUAUACCCUUUCUUGCCAGCCACGCUGUGGAGUACUUGGACGCGUGUGAUGGAGCAUUGUCCUGCAUGAAAAUCAUGUUUUUCUUGAAGGAUGCAGACUUCUUCCUGUACCACUGCUUGAAGAAGGUGUCUUCCAGGAACUGGCAGUAGGACUGGGAGUUGAGCUUGACUCCAUCCUCAACCUGAAAAGGCCCUACAAGCUCAUCUUUGAUGAUACCAGCCCAAACCAGUACUCCACCUCCACCUUGCUGGCGUCUGAGUCGGACUGGAGCUCUCUGCCCCUUACCAAUCCAGCCACGGGCCCAUCCAUCUGGCCCAUCAAGACUCACUCUCAUUUCAUCAGUCCAUAAAACCUUAGAAAAAUCAGUCUUGAGAUAUUUCUUUGCCCAGUCUUGACGUUUCAGCUUGUGUGUCUUGUUCAGUGGUGGUCGUCUUUCAGCCUUUCUUACCUUGGCCAUGUCUCUGAGUAUUGCACACCUUGUGCUUUUGGGUACUCCAGUGAUGUUGCAGCUCUGAAAUAUGGCCAAACUGGUGGCAAGUGGCAUCGUGGCAGCUGCACGCUUGACUUUUCUCAGUUCAUGGGCAGUUAUUUUGCGCCUUGGUUUUUCCACACGCUUCUUGCGACCCUGUUGACUAUUUUGAAUGAAACGCUGAUUGUUCGAUGAUCACGCUUCAGAAGCUUUGCAAUUUUAAGAGUGCUGCAUCCCUCUGCAAGAUAUCUCACUAUUUUUGACUUUUCUGAGCCUGUCAAGUCCUUUUGACCCAUUUUGCCAAAGGAAAGGAAGUUGCCUAAUAAUUAUGCACACCUGAUAUAGGGUGUUGAUGUCAUUAGACCACACCCCUUCGCAUUACAGAGAUGCACAUCACCUAAUAUGCUUAAUUGGUAGUAGGCUUUCGAGCCUAUACAGCUUGGAGUAAGACAACAUGCAUAAAGAGGAUGAUGUGGUCAAAAUACUCAUUUGCCUAAUAAUUCUGCACUCCCUGUACAACCAUACCCCGCAAUCGUGUUUAAAUGAUAGCAUAAUUGCAAAUUAAAUUUGUUUAUUGCAAAUUAUCCCUUAACUACAGUCAGAGAGCUCAGAACACAGCGGCAUAGGGAGCCGCGACAAUGCAAGCCUCUGAAGAUGAAUACAGAAACUAACUUUCUGUAUCCAACGCUGCAAGCUCGUCAUUCAAUAUAUCUACAGCUCCUUAUACACACACACACACACAAAGUAACCCCUAUUUCUUUCACUAAUGGUGUUAGUUGGGGCCUCAUGUUUGAGUUUCGCCUAAGGCCUUGCAAAGUCUAGAGCUGCCCCUGAUUCUACGUCAAUAACUGCAUAACUGUUAGAAGCAUCAGAUAGCAAAUUUUUCUUCACAAAUAAAUAGCACAACCAGCUUUCUUCGCUAUGCUUUAGGCCAAGAUGCCUAAAGGACCACUCCACAAUCAUCAAACAUUUCAGCUGGUGAGGAGUAUCCAAUUAAAAAGGAACUUUAUAAAAGUGCUGAUUUCUAUGAUAAAUCAAAUUUGUAUUAUUAAAUAAUGGAAUACCCCAUGACUGCCAAUCAAACAGCCAGGGACGUUUCCUUCCUGCUUCCAUUAGCUCCCUCAAGCUUGCGGAAGUUGCAGAUGCGUUCUACUUGAGUGUGCCUACCCUCAAUAUAUACCUGUUCUCAGAACUCAUAUUAGACCAGUGUUCUUUCUGAAACAUGUGCUUGUGCGAGCCAGUGCGUGUACAUGCAUGGGAAGAUGGCUUCAGAAGUUUCUCAAUGCAGAGGUCAUUUCCCUGUGAAAAGACUGAACAUUUUAUCCAAGAAAAAUUAGAGGGCUUGAUAAAGCUGCAAAGAAUGAAUAUAUGCAUUUAAAAAAAAUUUAUUUAAAUUUUUUUUUUUUGUUCACCUCUGUUUUUGAGUGUGGAAUGGUCCUUAAAUGUUACGAAAACCUGCAAACCUACUGCAAAUUGUGGUUGUGACCACAUAAAGUGACUCGGUAUAAGAAGGGAAAAUAUUCCCUGUAUGUCCAACAAGGAAAGAGUCUAUAUGAUCGCAAGCAGAGUGGUUAUGGCUACUUAAAAUGACCUAUCUUAGAAGACACAUAUGGGGAUUUUUAUAUACUAGUAAGUACACUUCUACUUACUCUGAACUAUUUUAUACAGAAUAUACUACACUAUACUUUGUUGUAUUCUUUCUCAUUUAUAUAUCCAACUACCACUGUGACUACUUCUACCUCUGAGAUCACACCAAGGUUCUACCCCCUCCUUCUACCAUAUGCAUGUUCAAAGUUCUGCUUGCCCCCCUUUUCAAAAUUUGCUGCACAGUGGGAAGAAGGAGGGUUCUGCCAUUCAAAGUACUUCUUCAGAGAUAGUUGUAAUGAUUUUUUCAACAGGAUAAAAACAAGGAGAAUUGGAGAGUAAGUAAGUCUUGUUGGGUUGUAUUUUGAUUGACAUUGCUUAAGGCUGUUCAUAAUGUCCUUAAAAAACAUGAUUUAUUUUUAGAAAAUACCGAACAGUAUUUAGCCUUUACAUUGUCAAAAUUAACUGCUUGUUUUGUAAAUUGAAUCUCAGAUCCAUAUGUGAUGAAUGAAGUUCUUAAUGAACAUUACAGUGCUAGUAAUACAAACCGAUACUACUAACGCAAUGGUGCCCUAGUCCCUAUUUAGAUAUUAUAAUAUAUUAUAUUUGCAGUUGGAACAUUUUAAUAUCAGCAAUACUUUUUCUUAUUAAUCUUUAUGAAUAAAAAAUAAAAGCUUACUUGAAGGGACUUUAUAGUCACCAGAACAACUACAGCUUAUCAUUUUUGUUCUGGUGAGUAGAUUCAUUACCUUCAAGCUUUUUAAAGAAAAUGCAGUGUUUACAUUACAGCCUAGGGAUACCUCCACUUUCCACCUGUCAGAUGGCUACUAGAGGUGCUUCCUGUGGCAGUGCUACACAGUGUGAGCACUGCCAUUCAGUGUCUCCAACCUCUGCAUGCAGACACUGAACUUUCCUCAUGGAGAUAUAUUGAUUCAAUGCAUUUUGUAUGAGGAGAUGUUGAUUGGUCAGGGUUGUGUUUGGCUUGUGCUGGCUCUGCCCCUUCCACUGGAAGAGCCAUUUAGUGUCGAAACGCACGUCGGGACAUUGUUUGUGUGUUAGUGAUCCACAAUUUAGAGACAAUGCUGCAGCCUGAUAUGAUCGUAUUUUGAAGACUUUAUCACUACACACUACUUUUCCUUAUAUUUGUUUUGUUUUUAAACUUACUAUUCAUGACUACUAUGGAUUAGCUGAGGGGUGGGUUAGCAUUUUUUUUAAGGGGUGCCCUCGAAGGCACAGACAGGAUAGAGUGGGGCUUUUUACCUUUUCUAACCUCUAUCUGGUUUUGCUCUUUUCCUCAUCCUUGAGACUCUGCUUACAUGUCACCCCUCUCUUGCCUUUGGACAAUGUUUACUUUUUUACGUGUUACAUUUUAGAAGGUAGAGAUAUAUUGAUACUGCCUACAGGUGAAUAGUACAUUGUUAGUCUGUUAUAUCCAAUUUUGUAUCAAUUAUGUGGCAGAAUUAGACAGCUGUAGAUCUGACUAGCAUAAUAUAUGUAUGGUUUUAUAUUUUAUAAUUUAUUAAAAGUUACGUUUUAUUAUUUAUGGGUUCCUUCCCAUAGCUAGAGGUAUCUGUACACUGGUCUUAUCCUCUUUUAUUGGCAGCCUUUUGGCUCCCUAUUGAGUUUAAUUAUUACCAUUAGGGAUUACCCACCACCUUCCUUUGAAGCAACCUGACAUUCUGUCCCUCAUCAGUUCCUGUUUAGACUCUGCCUCUAAUCUGCUUUCUUGACAGUCUCAGCCAAUACAUGAGAAAGCAUUGUGAUUGGCUAAGAACACCACUUCUGAAGAUGUCAGCCUAGCAGGCCAAUCAGGGGCAGAGACAGCAGCAGAAGACUGAAAUAAAAGUAUGAUUUUGCCAUAUAUAGGGGGGCAAGUCGGGGUCAAUGGGGCUAGAUGGUGGUUUUAACACUAUAGGGAGUAUAUACAUGUUUGUGUUCCUGACCCUAUAGUGUUCCUUUAAAAAUUACUUGUAGAAAACGGUCCUCUUCAUAUGUAAUAAUUUUUUACGUAUGAUGUAAUCCCUCAAAGCAAUUACUUGUAAAUUUUAGGCACACAUUGCAACACAUAUAUUUCCACUGUACACAUAUAAAAUAUGUAUUUAUUUGCACAUAUUGUCUUUAUUUACAAGAAACAAUACAGCCUAAAAAGUGGACCUUUUGUGCAUAAUUUCCAUUGUCUUAUUCACAGGCAUUGCAAUGAAGAAGAUAAAUAAUGUAUGGGUUCUGGAAUUUUAUGUGUGGUUAUUUGAAAAUGAGGCACCAAAACAAUUAGAGAACAAAUAGUAGACUUAUACAAUGUCAGAUGAAUUGUGAUCUUGUGUGAUCGGCAAGUCAUCGGACAGAUUGAUGCCUGGGGGACAUCCAGUAAAUGUAGAUUUUAUGUAUUUCACAAGUGAGAAGGGGCCACUAGAUGGAGGGAGCAAAAUAAAAGGCAAUAAACAUAGAGGUAUAUAUUAUAUAAAUGAUAAACAUAUAAAAUAUAAAUACAACUUUUUUUUACUGAUCCUCUGUUUUUCCCUUAGUUCUUCUAUCUUGAUCUCCAAUCAGUGUACUGCUAAAUAUUUACAUUACUUUUAUUUUUUUGUAUGAAGCGUUUUUCCAAAAAAGAUUGCAUUGAUGAAAUUCGCCUGAACCAAAACGCCACAUGAGUGGAACCCAAAUACAACUCUCAAUGUGCACACAUAGACAUACUCAGCCUCCCCCUAUACAGCUCUCACCUUCCUCCACACACUCUCUCACACAGCACUCACCAUACACAUCACUCACCAUACCAGGGCUCUAGGAGCGGGCCCCAAUCUGGCCAGCCAUAAUCUUGCUCUGAUGUUGAAGGCAAUGGAAUGAUAAAACAGUGAACGCUGUUCGUCCAAAGGAAGCUACAAAAAUCAUAUGUGGCAAUUUUUACAAGAAUCACAAAUAUCAGGCACACAAUGUAUACAUUAUUGACAUUUGUUCACAUAAAAUAGAGGUGGGAAAAAUGCAAUCAUUAACUAAAUUCAAGUGCAUGCAUGAAAAAAUAUUGCGGAACACACGGUAAACUUUUUCAUUUUGAUGACAUUUAUCACGUAGACAUUUGCAGUCUGUUUUGGAGAAAUCAAGGAUUGUUAUCUGUAUCAGAUAGUCCAACAUGUUCCCCUUAUGUUUGAAAAAGAGGAAUUCACUGUAUUGCCACUUCACAGAACUCAGUAUUAUGUCCUUCAGUUAAUUCACAAUCAAUCACACAAUAGUAUUUACAAAAUUAAGAAUUUAAAGAGAAAUCUAAAUUUAAAGCCAGAAUACUGAAAUACUGAAUACUGAAAACUGAAUGCAUACCUGACUUAGAUAAUGUUUUUAAUUUGGCUAUUUUGACCUUAAAUUUGAAAUUUACUUUAAUGCACAUUGGAUUCUCAUUUUAUUGAACAACCCUGACAAUAAAGCCCAAAUCAAACCGCUGAAAGCAAAGAACUCUGAUUUUCUUCCCCAGAACAUGCAUAAACUGUCAAAAAGGCUUCUAAAAUUACAAUUUAGUCAAGCACAGCAAAUAACUGCUACUUUUUUAAAAAAAAAAUGACAAACGUAGCAUGUGCCCUCAGGUAUCUACUGAGAAAUGCAUACUAGCAAAUGUACACUUAGGUAUUCUUUUAAACUAAUUUAUAUGGCUUCUGGUUUUGCAAAAACUUUAAUAAGAGAUUUCAUGGUAUCCUUUAAAGGGACACUAUAGGUACCCAGAACACUUCACCUCAUUGAAGUGGUCUGAGUGAACUAUCCCUGUCCCCUGUAGUCCUGCAGUGUAGAGUCCGGUAUACUCCCGGGAGUAUACCGGACUCUAGGUCGUCUUACACGCCAUGCUCUGCAUGAGGACAUCCAGCUUCAGUAAAAUCCCCAUAGGAAAGCAUAGAGUCAAUGAAUUCCUAUUGGUAGGGCCUAAUGCGCUCGCAAGGCUCGCCGCAUAUACACAGUUGAUUCCCUCGUCAGAUAACGUUGGAGGAAGCAGAGCACCGACACACUACACCGAGGGACAUCAGCACAGGAUUCAGGUAAGAAAUUAAAGGUUUUUUUUAUCCCUUUAUCUCCCGGAGGGAAAGGGGGAGCCAGAGUGCACUAUAGUAUUAGAAAUACAGAUUUGUGCUCUAUUUUCUAACACUAUAGAAUCCAUUUAACUGGCAAUUAUGCAUAAGGAUUCUGAAAUCUUAGCAUAUACAAGAAUGUAUAUUUGUUGUAACAUGCAGCAGACAUUACAAAAACUUUAAACUAAAAUGAUUCUAUACCCUGCUGAUAGUUUAUUGUAAGGCACCUGCUGGCAUAUUUUAGAAAAUUAAGAGUAUGCAGAUCAUAAAAUUAAAAAUAUAAAAACAUUAAAUGCAGCCCCAGAUUAAAAGUAGACAUAUUUAUUUCAAAGGCCACUGUAGGCUACUGUAUUGCAGCCGGAAAAUAUGCACUGGUAUAUUGCCGACACCGUACCUCCUUUUCAAGCCAAGAAUUUUAUGUGUGGUUAUUUGAAAAUGAGGCACCAAAACAAUUAGAGAACAAACAGUAGACUUAUACAAUGUCAGAUGAAUUGUGAUUUUGUGUGAUCGGCAAGUCAUCGGACAGAUUGAUGCCUGGGGGACAUCCAGUAAAUGUAGAUUUUAUGUAUUUCACAAGUGAGAAGGGGCCACUAGAUGGAGGGAGCAAAAUAAAAGGCAGUAAACAGAAAUGUAUAUAUUAUAUAAAUGAUAAACAAAUAAACUAUUAAUACAACUUUUUUUUACUGAUCCUCUGUUUUUCCCUUAGUUCUUCUCACUUGAACUCCAAUCAGUGUAUUUUGACAACAAUAUAAAUCAACAGGCUCUAGUAUAACAUGAUACAAUAGAGCUCCAGAAGAUGAAUUCAGAUGAAUACCAGGGCUAGAUAGGGGAGAGAAAAUACAAUGCAGUUUUGUUUUAUUUGUAUCGCUACUUUUGAAAUUCACCUUAAAUUCACAAUAAUGUUCACUUUGUUGAAUAGCCUGUUUGUCUGGCAUAUAUAGCAUUGUGAAAUAUUAUAUAACGGUAAUAAUAAAAACAAUAAUAUCACAUUCAGAAGAUAUUUGUUACAAUCACUUCAAUAACUUAAGUAACAUACAGACAGUUCUAGCAAAGGUUUGAUUUAUGUGUACAUUGUUAGAUCAUGUUAGUUGCCAACAUCUGCAUGUUAGACGAGGUUACACUUUGCAAUCAUGGGGUCCUGAUUACUUAAUUUCCUCUAAAUACCUUGGAUGUUUCACUUAAACUAUUUAAGAUAUGUUCAGAAAUUGGCCUCUUGGUGGUGAUACAAGUUAAGGCAGAUCUUUUAUAUUGUAACAGGUAAAAAUGGCAGUGCUGAUUGACAAGCAGAAUUUUAUUUAAUUUAAAUCAAAUGAAAACCAGUUCAUUAAAAUGUGUGAGAUAAGAAUCAGACCAAUUGGGAGUUAUGUAAAAAGUUUGCUUUCAAACUCUCCGUUCAUGCCAUUUCAUAUAUAGAAAAUCUUUUGCGUCAUAAUUUUCCAUCUGUGACAUUUUUCAUUUGUAUAAUAACCUUUCCAUACUUUUAUAUAUUGUUGUGUUUUUUUUUCCAUGCAUGUGUUCCUCCAACAUUACUCUUAUCUGCCACUUAAAAAUCUGCCGCAAUGAUAGAGAUGUAAAAUAUGGCAAAAAAUAGGCAUACAAAAUUCAACUUCUUUUAUACAUACGCAGUGACAAAUAUUUGGUCCAAAAAAGUAAAAAAAGAUGACAACAUGAGAACAGUAUGAUGGGGCAAACACAAGAAGAAAUAUUCUGGUACAAAAAAACAGCAAAAUAAUAAGCAAAAUAUUAGUGCUUCAUAAUAUUGGAGAAAAAAAGUAAUGUGAUCAUUUUGAUGUAUAACUCACAAUGUGGACACAAGAAUAGCAAAAAAGGGGACAAGCGCUGAAAGUUCUAGAGGAGGUAAACCAUGGCAGCAAUCACUAAAUAUAUGGGGACCCCUCUGUGCCCCAGCAGGUUAUAAACAUGUAGUACAGAAGACAGGUUACACCAAUUUAAAACAAACUAUUAAAGUUAAAUAUUAGAUAAAAUGAAAGUUAAAAAACACAUUUUAAUAAUAGUUCAAAUUUUCUUUUAAUAGCCUGAGUACGUGUGAAGACUACUUCGUGGAUCAUUGGAUAUACUGCAUGUGUCGAUAAAAGAAAGAAAGAGAGGAAUACUGAUAGUGUAGUACAGGGGUAAGAAACCUUCGGCACUCUAGAUCUUGUGGACUACACCUCCCAUGAUUUCUUGCAGUCAAAAUGAUGGCAAAGCAUCAGGGGAGAUGUAGUUCAAAACAUUUGAAGUGCCGAAGAUUGCCUAACCCUGGUGUAGUAUGUGAUAUACUAGGUUGAUGACAGACAACUAUAACAUAAGUGGGUAUUUAAGCACUUUGUUGUCUGUCAUCAACGCAGUAUAUCAAAUACUACACUAUCAGUAUUCCUCUCUCCUUCUUUUAUCUAUAUCCAAUGAGGAUGGAGUAGACUUCAUAAGAACUCGGGCCAUUAGAAGAAGAAUUAGAACUAUAAUUAAGAACCUAUUGUAUCUGCUUUUUACUCUUUUUUAUCUAAUAUUUUGUUUUAGUAUUUUUAAUUCUUUGUUUUUAAUUGGUGCAUCCUGUCUUCUGUGCUAUUCAGUCUGUAUGUGUCCUGAUUAUAAUAUUAUAGUUCCUAAAGGAGAAAAAGACAAAACAAACAGUAUAAACAAACAGUUGAGAUGGAGUUUAAUCUACUUUACUGCUUAUUCCCAUGCUACAUGAGAAAACAAAUACUUUUAACAUUUUUAUAACUUUGUCGAUGGCAGAAAGCUCUAGCAUGUUCAUCUAGAGCCUAUUCUUCAACUUACAAGUAUCUUUAAGAAAUGGUUUGAUUAGUUUUGACUAGACAAAGUAACUAGUCACCCAUGUGUAUGAGUAUACUACUCCCAAAUGGGUUAGGUUACUACAAUAAGGAGAGCAUGACCAGAAGAUAAAAAAAAAAAAAAAAUUCUAUAUAAUAAUGUGUCACUCACCUUUACUGUGAGCAACUGCUUGCUCCUGGAGUUGUUUGUUUCUAUAUUUAUUUAUUUAUAAAAAUAUUUUACCAGGAAUGACACAUAUGUAUGUCCUAGGAUCACAAACAAUAGGGUACUGCAUAAUAUUACAAAUACAAAGUAAUAUUAAAAUGAGCAGUAUAAUAUUAAAAUUACAAAGUUAUAUUUAGAUACUACAUAUAUAUAUAUAUAUAUAUAUAUAUAUAUAUAUAUAUAUAUAUAUAUAUAUAGAUUUAACACAAACAGGUAAGAAAUAUAAUCAACCAUGAUUACAGGGGCACACUGUACUGAGAUAUGUUGGCAAGGAUCUCUUAAAGAAUUUGAGUGUGGAGAAAAGUUUAACUGUAGUCCAGGAGGUUGUUCCAUACUUGCGGUGCUCUAUGAAAAAUGAGUAUUGUGCUAGUUUCUUUUCGUAAUUCAGUUGUGACAAAACCCCAUAUUUCUUUGCCCCAGUUAUUUUUUUUCCCUGCGUUCGGUAGACUAAACUACCGAAUAUUGACCAACCCCCUGGCUCAUUUAACUUCAAAGAAAACUACAAACUUAAGUGCUCUCGCUGUGUGGCCGCUGUUCGUAUAACCAAACAACACGUGCGAUAGAAAUCGUCUCCCAAAAUCAGGCAGCGGUACCUGGUCAUCGAGUGUCUGGAACUGUAAAGCAGACACUCAACCCCGCAAACACCGGUGAUUUUGUACAAAUGCCUGCUUCUUUCCAACACAAGACAGGAGAACACUGUUCGGUAGGAUUGUUCGCACGAACAAGGCAAACAACCGCUACCUAUGAGCCAGGGGAACCGUUUGAUUUUUUGUUAGUUUGGGAACUCCCGAAGGUGACCGACCACUACCCCUGAUUCUCUGGAACUGAUUUGGGAAAACGCAGCGUGUGUUGUUGGUGAAAACUUUACCCCGGUGGCGAUUUGGCUGUGUUCCUGGGAUCUGAGCAUUAUUUGGUUAUGUUGGGCGCUCAGAUCCAGGCUAUCCAAAGGAUAUAAUCUUUGUGAGGGUUCCUAUAUGUGUUAUAUGUAUUUUGGGGUAUUUUAUGUUUAAACUCUUUACCUCGAGUGCCUGGGAGAUAAUUAGUUAAAGCAAAGAACACUAAAUUAUCUUCUGGGCGAAGGAAAGGAAUAUACGAAAUACAAGAGGUCGUUACAGUAUACUAAAUAAAGUGCUGGUACUGGAACUGAGAUUAUAGGAUGUGGGAAAGGUCAGGGAGAGCAUUUUAUUCCGAUAGGAUGGGAGCUUCCCAGAUAGGGUGGGAGUUUCACCUAGAUGAUCAUCAUUAAAGAUUAUUAAUGUUCAUGCUACAAUGAAAUGUGUUUGCAUGAUCCUGACUGACAAAAGUAAAAUCAUUGUAAGUACAAACCAAAAUCACUUUGUACCUUCUAAAUAUAGAUUAAAGGGACAUUUGGAACCCCUAAAACACUUUAGCUUGCUGAAGUGCUUUAUGUGUGAAAAUUGUGUGCUCUUUUUUUCAUUUUACAAAAAGUUAAGAUUUCAAUAGAAAUGUAUUCUUUCAUGAAUAAACCUUAUUACCCCUGCCCCCUUUACCACCCGCCACCCCUCACCUUUCAAGCAAACAAUCAGUCCUGUUACUUCCUGGUUUGUUAAGCUCAGUGCAGCUACACUCAAGAGGCAGCAUUUGCUCUUUGAGCUACAUUGGGAAGUUUGUGAUUGGACAGCCACAGAAAGUCUGGGCGGGGUUAGAAUGGGAGGGCUUGCAAAAGCUGCAGACUAGAGAUCUGCAACUUUUGCGAGUUGUUUUUUAGAUACCCCUAGAGAAAUGCAUAAUUAAAUGAUGCAUGUUUUCAUUAGGGGUAUAUGUAUUAAACAGGGAAUUUUCAGUUUUUGAUUUUAAUUUUUUAUUUUUGCAGUGUCCAUCUAAUAUAUAAGAUAUGUGUACAGUAACCUGUGUAUUUGGCUUUACUAUUGAUAUUUUUCACUGCACAUUGUAUGCCUGGCACAUACAUACAUCAACAAGCAUCAACAUGAAAUGACAUUCUGUACCAUCCACCCCAUACUGAAAGGAGUAAACUGAAAUGUUAAUAACAUUUAGACUAUAUGAGACCCAUGAUAGAUACUCAGACAAAGGUAAAGUACCUUAUGCAUUAUAAAUAGCAUCUGUUAGCUUCACUUAUCUGUUCUAUGGCCAAUGCAUAGGAAGGGGUAAUAUCAAUAUUUGUGAAUAAACAAUAAUGACAUCCCAACAGAUUAAGAAAUAAAUAAGAAAAUACCAUUGCAUAUUAUGUUAGUAUAUUCUUGGCUCUGCGCCACUACAAAGAUAAAUAUUUUUAUAGUCACAUUGUAAAAGAAGGGCACAAACUUCCUAGCCCCCAUCCACCUAUCGCACCUGUUUUCCAUCCAGUUUAAAAACAAACAGAAUACUUUGAAUUCCUCAGUAAUGAAAUUAGCUACAUGUUUAAUCUAGAUUAUAAAAUGAUCCAAUGCGUCAUCACCAUUGGCCACAGUCCGUUCCAAUAAAUAUGCCAUCCCUUCCAUAAAUAGGACUCCCAUUGUAAUUAAAGUACGGAUCACUUGCCAAAAGCACCUAUGUAAGAACAGAGAUGCAACAUGUACAAAAUGACUUCCAGCUGAUUCGAAGACUCAGAAUCAGCUAGCCAGCUGUGUGAACAGUUGAACAAACAUUUCCAUGGCUUACUCACACAACAAAACGCAAGGUGUACACUCAGCAAUAUCUGUUUCCUACUGAGAUCAUUGCCCAACGCUACAAUGUGACAGUUAUGGUAGACAAGUUGCAAAAUCAAUUUACAGCAUCAUUACAAUAAAAUACUAAUUUAUUUAUAUAUCUGACAAUUUGCUUAUUUAGCACCCAGAUUAACGAAUUAUACAAUGAGUGAAAAUAACAUUUUGAUACAAUCACUGAGCUUAAUAUAGUUAGGUAUAAAAUAUAUUAGACUAAGGAACAAUUACAGUAAAUAUUAUUUAACAUACAAGGACAGAAAGGUUGUAUUGAGCAAUUGAUAGACAAUAAAAUACCCUAUGUAUGAAUCCUGGACCACUCAAGCAAAAUAUUUUUUUCGGAUGACUCAAUGCGGCUGAACCAAAUUUAUUUUGCCAUGCCCAAGUCUAUUAGCUACUUUGUACUGUUGUGUUGGUGAAGAGUACUUGUCUGUCUCAUACAAUAGAGCGUUUAUAGCACCAACUGUAUUAUUAAACUUUCCAACAAUAUACUAUCAGAUUAAAUCAUGUCAGUGUUAAUCUCGUGUCUGACACACAGGCAGUGCAGCCAUUGCAACUGGCUGGAAAACUGCAGUUCAGCCCUGUAGAAAUACUCUGCUGUCAAUAAUGUAUGUCCUUUAAUAUAAUUAUGCCGAUAACAAUGUGCUAUAGAUAUAAGAUAUAAAUUACCAACGCAACAUCAGUCUCAAUGGGUAAUAAUUUUAUGUAGACAGGUAAACAGUUGACAAACAUUCUAAUUAAGUGCCAAAUCGUCUUGAUGACUGUAAGUAUGUUACACCAUUAAUUUGUUUUUAUUGUGUUAACUGGUCUGCGGUUAUAUGUUCCUUUCUGUAUGUUUACCUGAGCCCCCGCUCCCAGUAAUUCUAUUCUUUAAAUCAGUGUUUCCCAAUCUAGUCCCCAAGACACUCCAAUAGCCAAUAUUUUUUGAGUACGCAUGAUGGAACAGAUCCCAGAUUGCUGAUGGACAACAUGAUGGAAUGUCUAGAUCCCAGAUUGCUGAUGGGCUUUGAGAACUGGACUGGGAACCACUUCUUAUAUCUAAAGUCUAUCAUGGAUCUCCUGCAUCUUUUGUUAUCAAUUUUCCCGUCGUCAAAUACUGUAAUGAGUAAUUCUAAAAUGAAACACAUUUUCAUACAGUGAGAUAAAUAUCUCCCUGGAGAGCGAUGAUUCAUCCUUCUUCUCAAAUUAUAAAAGUAAAAAAACAAGUGACACUGGGCACUUUUUUAUGGUCUUUAAAGUAGUUAUGUAGACAAAUAAUUCACCUAAAACAGCCAUAUCAAUGGUAUAUGAGAUUCUGCUUUUUUAAUGUUCUAUAACUAGAAUUCUAAGUCAUUGUGAUCAGUACGUAAAAUAUAACCAUAAUAAUUAAAUCUAACACACACAAAAUUAGUUUCUGAUAAAAAAAUGUAAAAAAAAAAAUACAAAUAAAAAAAAAAUAUAUAUAUAUAUAUAUACUGCUAAACUUGCACUCAAGGAUAUAAUUCCACUUGCCUGGUGCUUGUUUGCAUAACAUACAAAAUUGCGGAAAAGGAUAGCACUCCAGAGACUUAGUAUCCAAAAUAAAUACCUUGUUCAAAAGGUAUCUAUAAAAAAAUCAACGUUUCAGUUUCUGUUUGAAACUUUCAUCUGGACAAUGAUAAAAGUCCCUGGAAUGCUAUCCUUUUCUGCAAUUAUACAUACUUGCAUAUUAUGCGAGGGAUAGAUUCAGGUAACUGGUAUUUUAGAAAACUUUUAUUUGGUUUCUAAGAAGAUAUUUGGGGUAUUUUAUUAAAGAUUUAGCUUUUACUUGUGCAUUCUGUUUAUCAGGUCGACACAUCCCCUAUUUAACUAUGCCUUCCCAAGUGUCAAUAGAGACACUCAUUGCGUCAGAAGCACCUCUUUGAUAACGCCCCUCCCACCCUUCUUUAAUAGUCUCCAGUUCACUGGAUGUGCAAUCUCAGAAUGCAUUCAAAAAUCAUAGCAAUAUGAUAUACGUAAAUUGGAGGCACCCGCUACCUGGUUCGGUCAUUGAAGGUUAGUUGAUUUUGAUUUAUUUGUAAUGUGAAAAAAAACACAAGAAUUACAUUUUAUCUUUUUUUAGAUCAUUUUAUAUGAUGGCUGAAAAAUGCAGAGUUACUGAAACUUUCUAAAUGCAUGGUCUUAAGCAUCUAGCAUCUACCGAAUUAGAAUGAAAAAUGCAAUAUAAUUAUCCUUCUUAAAGACUGUCUGUUUAUUGAAGAUUAUAUAAUGAAGAUAGAAGAUAUCAUAUUAUCUGUGGCUUCAUCACAGUGUUUAAUGUGCUUAACAUCUUAAUGAGCAUGGUUUUUAGUGCUGCAAUCACUUAUGUGUUAAAGCUAGUUUGUAUUUUUUCGUUGUUGUUCAUGAUUAAUUUACUACUUUCUAAUUUAGUGCACUUAUAUAGAGGUUUUAUUAUUUUUUUUUAUUUUUUUUAAAUAGAUAGAGCUCUCUUUUGAUAUCAUGAACGUAUAUAUAAUACAUCACAUAGUAUGAAUACAUUUAAAUAAAUGUGAAAAUUUUUUUAAUUAUUUGUACAUAAUUACCAAGGCGAGUAAAAUGCCCUAAAUUAAAUGGUAUUUCUUAUGAUUAUAUUAGAAUAUGUUAUAUUAUACCUAGAACAGAGAGAAGGCACUCACCUAAACAUGUAUAUUUUAUAAGGGUGCUGCUGGCGACUGAUAGACAAUAGAUAGAUAAUGUAUAAGAUUCAGCACACUCCCUUAAGUGUAUGAUCAUACAUUGUAAUAUGGUCUAUGUACAUUUCUGUUAUAUAUAUAUAUUUGUGUGUGUGUAUGUGUGCGUGUUGUAUGGUGUAUGGGUAUAUAUAUAUGUAUGUAUGUAUGUAUGAUAAUAUGUAUGUAUAUAUGUAUGUAUAUAUGGUUAUUAAUCAUUACUAUUCUGAAAUUACUAUUUUGGUAAUUUGUAUUUAAAGAAGAACAUUAUAUAUUGAGGCUGAGAUAAAUUACUUAAUGUUAAGAUACUAUAUAGAUAAAAAGUCAUUAAAAUACAUUCAUGUAUAGACUUUUAAAGUAAUAGCCAAAAAUUACAAAGAAGAAUGUUAAAAAGUUGGAAAAGAGAGAAAUGAGGGAAAGAAGGAAAAUUGACAUCAAGGAGAAGGUAUAUGGACUUCAUAGAGAUAGGCUAUAUGUUAUUGAAAGAGGACUCUGUAAGGGGUAAAAUGCAGAACUCACCUAUAGCCAGUGUAUGAGGAUUGCGAGAGAAAAUACAGAGGUGGUCUAUCAGCCACAUAUCUAGAUGAUGUCUCCAGGAAAGCAGGUCUUGGGAAGAGGUAAGAAUAAGAUGGAGAAACAAAAUUUCUCACUCUGUAUUAUAAAACUCAACUUCAUCAUGGCAGAGCUGUGCUGAGCUAAAGUUGUCUUUUGUGUGUUUGGUCAUCUGCAAAGAUCAUUAGACAUUGAUCCCCAUGUAGAAAGGGCAUGCUGGGAAACUUGAUCUGUGGCCCCAAAGACCCCAGGGGCUUCUCCCUAAUUGCUCUCGAAUCUGACAACAUCAGUGUUUGCUGCACAAUGGUAUGGGCAAGCAUAGAUGUUUGUCAACAUUCCUGCAAUUAUAUAUAACAUUCCUCAAUUUGAGCUUUUGCUGUAACUAAUCUGUGACCAGAGAUCUAUUAAAUGUACCUCCAGCUGACAGAGUGUCCCAUGUAUAACUUGAUAGCUGAAUGUGUGACAUUGACCUGCUGGAACUAAAAAGGACCAUCAUGUAUUGCAUGAGACAUAAUAUCCCAUUGUGUACCAACGGAAAUAAGAAAAAAGAACGUUUGAUAUGCUUGAUGAUUGUGAUUUACACCUGUGUCUUAAAGGGACUCUAUAGUCACCAAAACAACUUUUGCUUAAUGAAGCAGUUUUGGUGUAUAGAUCAUGCCAUUAUAGUCUUAAUGCUGAAUUCUCCGUCAAUUAGGAGUUAAAUCACUUUGUUUAUGCAUGUGACGUACACAGCCUUCCUAAACACUUCCUGUAAAGAGUCAGCUAAUGUUUACACUUCCUUGAUUGCACAGUCUGUUUAAUGUAGAAUUUCUUAUCUACUACUCUGUUAAUAGCUUGCUAAACCCUGCAGGAGCCUCCUGUAUGUAAUGUAAGUUCAAUUUACAGAGCAGGCGAUACAAUAUUUUAAAAUAAGUUACAUCUGAUUGCAAAUUAAACCAUUUUUCUUUUAAUGUAUGCUGUAUCAGUCACGGCCAGGGGAGGUGUGCCUAGGGCUGCAUUAAGAGUAAAAAAUAAUUUAACUCCUAAAUGGGAGAGAAUUGAGCAGUGAAACUUCUGAAGCAUGAUCUACACACAAAAAAAAGCUACAUUUACUUUGGUGACUAUGGUGUCCCUUUAAGCAGGUCCAGGUGAGCUAUAAAUUAUCUAUAUAAUUUUAUGAAAGGCAAACACUGUUGAGAAAUAAUAUAAAAUAGCAAGCCAAGAUAUGUUCUAGUUUUGAAACAGUGUGUUAUAAACAUUUUGUAAUGACAACAGUGAUUAAGAGAAUUAAGAGUAAAAGAGGUGAAAGGGCCUGGUUAUCUGUGAAAUGCAAAUCAUUAUAUUGAAACACCAUAUGUUGUACUCUUUUUAGACACCGCUGAUAAGCACAAAUAUUCACCUAGCCAAUUUCUAUAUUUAUAUAUCACCUAUCAUCUAUCUGCCAUCUCAAUGGACGUAUCAUGGUUUCACAUCCCGUACUGCAUAGUUGUUGACAUCAUUCAUCAAAAAAUGAAAUGCAUUCCAUUUAUGUAAUAAUUUUAAAACUUCAGGACAAUUCGUCCUUUCACUAAGGUGUUAAACAGUGAACAACUUUCUUACCGAUUGUUGAUGUAAGUGGCAUACUGAUGGCAAAUGUAAAUUUCUACAUAGCAACUACAUCAACUACAUGUCAAGAAAUGCGUAGGCAAAAAUCUCAUCAAGCCUACAACUCCCCUAAAGCAACACAGAUCUGAAAUUCAAGAUUCUAAUUUAGGACCCAAGAAUGAAAGGGAAGAACAGAUAUACUCACUGCCUCUAGUAGAGGGACACAUAAAUUCUGGAGGGAGGUAAUCAAUACUUAUUUUUCUUAAAAAGCACUAAAUAUUUGCUUAACCUAGAAGCAUCCAUAUUUGGUGUGCUUCGAAAACCCACAAAUUCACAGAGAUGGCUUUGACUGGGGCCGGUGGAUACAUUCGGAGCCUGCAUUCAAGCUUUACUUCUAGCUAGAACACUUUUUGAAUAGAUUGGCUUAAUUCAUGGACGGUAUCGUUACCAAUGUAUUCUUCCAGAACUGAGUGUCACGUAUUCAUCCGCUUAUAAAAAUGUGGUUAAUGGCAUUUACUGUCCACACAGGAAAAGUUGUGCCGAGCGGCAACCAAAUCCACAGAAGGGUUAAUGCUGAGCAGCAAUUAUGCAAAUAACUGGUAACUGACUUUGGGGUCAAAGGCCGGUUACAGCCUAUCAGAUCUAGAGGAGGGGUAUUUAGGCCCAGUUCUCAUCCUGCUCAGUGCCCUGUCGUGGUUUUCCUUGUGGUUGUCCGAGAGCACAUUAUUGAUUCUGGUAAUUUUGGCUAUUUGACUUUGGCAUUGUUUUUGACUUCCCUGUUUUCUGGCAUCCCUGACCCCUGGCUUUUCCUUAUCGUUGUGUCUCUUUCUGUUUCCCUUGACCUCGGCUAUUCUGACUAUUCUUUGGUACGUUAGUCUGGCCAUUCUAAGGUCCGGUAUACGUUACCUAUCAGUCCUCUGUGUUAUACAAUUCUACGUGCUGGAUCAUUCUGUAAUCCUGACACUGAGAUCUCUUUAUUGACUUGUUAGAUGAUGAACUUUGGAAUUCAAUUCAGAAAACCUGUGAACAUGCUAACUGGUUAGAAAGAGUAUAACUACAACAUACUUCGAUUAGUAAUUCACAAUGAAACUACAUCUCUUGUCCAACAGUUCUAGGCUCAUUUAGAGUUACAUUUAUAACUAAAAUUAACAGGAAGGUUGGAAUAGGGAGGAAAUACUUUAUUAUACUGUAUUGUUAUCUUCAUAGGAUGAGAGAGAGAGAGAGAGAGAGAGAGAGAGAUUAUAUAGAAGAGGUACUGUACAUUUUGUUUAUUUUAAAUAUAUUUGUUAGAUUAAAAAUUAGUAUGUAUGAGGAUACUGCACUUGAAUAUUUAAAAUAAGGAAAGCCUUUUCUAUGUAUCUUUUAUUCAUUUACGGAACAGAAAAACUGAGUAUGUUAUGUGAUUGGCCGCACCAGCUCAUACAGUCUCCAGUCUGCUAUAAUUUAAAGGGACACUAUAGUCACCCAGACCACUUCAUUGAGGGUGCAGUGACUCUGUCCAGUUUUUAGAAACUGCAAUGUUUACAAUGUAGAGUUAAACCCACCUUUGGUGAGUGUCAUACUGACUGGCACUAAAAAGGCUUUUGCUGCACUUUAGAACUCAGUCACAAAAUGCGGGUAGCCCAUAGGAAAGCAUUAAAUACAAUUCUUUGCUAUGGAAAAGCUUGAAUGGGCUUUCGACAUUCACUGCGCGUGCAAUUCAGAUCUCAAUGCUUGGAUUGAGCCAUCAAAGAAGAGGUCCUAGCUCCUCCAUUAAAUUAUGGAAGGCAUAGAGCUGAGCAGUGCUGUGGGUGCCUCAGCACUGGAAAAACAUGUAAACCUUGUAUUUCACUUAUGUCAAUGGCACAGGGGAGGGGGCCUACAUAGAACUAAGGACAGCAGGGGUAUUAUAAUGUUAGAUAUACAGGUUUGUAUUCCUAACAUCAUAGUGCUCCUUUAAGUCCUUCUCAUGAUAUUGAUGGGCUGGGAGAGGACCUAACAAGAGUGAGACAGUGAUAUUGUCUCUCCGCAGUUCCUAUCCUGGCAUAUUAACUAAAGGGAGUUGAACAGAUAUAAGGAUGUCAGCCACAAACAGCAAUGGCUUUCCAUGAGUAUAACAUCCACCAAUUUUCAGCUCACUGAGAAUUUGAAGUUGUCACUACAGUGUUUGAUGUGGUAUCAAUAUAAAAAAACUGUUAUGCCAAACUAUUGUUCAUCAACUAUACAUACAAUUUCCUUGCCUCUGGGCAGUCAAAUUCUCCCACAUCUGUAACCAUGUAAUGUUUUUUGCAAAGAAAUAUCAAUAUGGCAAUUGUCUAUAAAAUGAUAUAACUCUGGUUGGUGCAUCUUCUGAGAGCGAUGGUGUUCCAUGCUGGUUAUGUGGAAAUGCUGAAAGGCAUUGGCUCAUGCAGCUACUGUACAAUAAGCCCAGGAAGUAGAAUAUAUAGGAGGCGCCUAAUUUAUGUUUUUUUAAUUGAAGCCCAAGUUGGAUGAGCAGGUUAUGCUUGAUGUUUUAAUGCUCAACCAAAAAACAGUACUGUGCAAGUUGACCAUGUCAAAGACAAACCACAAUGGAUGGUCAAGUCCAGCUUUAGGGAGCACUCUAACUUGAGGAUUUCAGGCUCCCAUUAUUCCUUCCCUCUUUUGACAGACAUGACAAGACAAGAGGUUUGGAUCAAUAGUUAGUGCCUUCUGUCACUUCACCAGCAGUAUCUUACAUUGCCAUCCUCUAAGGACUAAUGCCAUAAAGUCAAAGGCCCAAGUCUUCCAUUAAAAUAAUUAUCUUCAGGAGAAUCUCAUUGGGACUUGGCCCACGGGGACAUUCACAUCAUACCACAAGAUUCAGCAUCCAAUCAUCCAGACAGCUUUUGGUUCACACUUCAAAUCAUAAGAAAAUGCAGCCUACAGCUAAGCUAGUAGACUCAUGGUGAAACAUUAUUAAUCAUUAGAUCUUGCAAAUACAUAUAUGGACCAAUCAUCCUAUAACCCAGAUCGAUGCAAAAGUAAAUAGUAUAAAUUUCUUAUUUUCUUUUUGUUUUGAUCACCUUGAAGGAAAAAAAAUGUGAAAUCUGCAUCAACAAGUUGUUUAAAUAACAAGCUGGAAAAAGGUGAUUUCAAGCAAAUAUGCACCAUGACACAGUGAAGUCAUACACCUUGGUUUAUAGGUAAACAUUAAAGUUCAGGAGAGAAUCGAACACAUUCUGUUGCGUUCUUACUGAGAAGAUAAUUUGUCAAAAUGGCCAUAUGGGGUCAUGGCCAGAACUGGAGAGGCAGCUGUAUUUUCAACAGCAGCUUUGCUGAUCUGGGUAAAAUAUUGUUUCGUCUUUGUUUUGUAAUUCACAAACAGGUCAGGGACCUAACACCUAAACUCUCUGUAAGUAUGUGUACCUGCAGAACCAAAUUUAUUUUUCAAUAUGAAUUUAUUUUAAGGUGAGUUUGCUCAAAGAGAUUCAUCAAUAUGACCCAAUUUGUUUAUAUUGAACGUGUCAGUGAUUUCUGUACCAGUCCUCAGAUAACCUUUAAAAUGCCACGCAUAAAAUAUCUCUGCUCAAAUUGAAGAACAAAUUAAAAUCCAUGGGGUUUAAUUAACUAAACCAGGAAUUGUGUAGAACAGUUUAACUGUUAAAUGCAUAUUUUGUGCAAAAUAGUCGAAUUGGAAAUAUUUUUCAACAUAUUCAAACCAGUUAUGUUUUAAUUUUCUCUGCCUUAAAGCAAAAUUGUCAAUGGUGAAAAUUUAGCAUGACCUAAUAGCCAAGUAAAAGUUAUCUACAGAUUUAGCUUUUAUUAAAUUAUUUUUCUUUUAUAUCACAAGUCUGGCUGUCAGGGAAUAACCAGAGCAUAACAUGCAAGGUAGCUUAUAGGCACCCAGACCACGUUGUCUCAUUGAAGUGGUGUGGGUGCUGCUUGCCUCUGUCCCCUUAACCCUGUAAUUUAAAACAUUGCCAUUUCAGACCUUCAGUGGUUGUCUUCUAGACUGAUCUGGACUGAAGUUGUCAAAGCAUGUAUGAGUGUCUGAGGCAUAAUUGGCAGCAAAGUCUCCUUGAAAUGGAGGUGAAUUGGAGAUAAGUGAGCUUUUUACCAACAUCCACUUAGAUUGUAAUACUCCAGUAGUGUUAACUAGUGUAAAUGAAUGGGGAAGGAUUGCUCUGCUUUCAAUCACAGUUUAGUUGGCAAUCCCCAAAAAGAAGGUUUGUUAGUCAAACUGUGAAUUGUUGUGAACUGGCAACAAAAUUGAGAAAAUGAGCACAAAAUAGCAAAGCUAAACAAAUAGAAAUUAGAUGGAGAAUUUCUCUAAGUGUGCUAUUUUUACCUACAUUUUACAAUCUGAAUGUCAAUUUAUCACAAUUCUUUGUUUGCUAAAUAACCGACCAAAUGUGAUCUGAGCCACUGAUACCAGUAUAUGCGAGGAAGCAUGUUCUAUAUGGGUUGUCAUCUAUCACACUGACUGCAGUUAGAGGGUUAUGGAUCUAAUCGGUUGAAGUAAGAUUGUAUGCUGUACAAGACUAAAAUAGAUCAGACGCAGAGACCAUUUUGGUGGGGAAAUUGCUGUUUGAACAGUAUUAUUCCUGGAACAUUUUGCACAAACAACACUUAUGUGCACCAAAGUGGCAGUAACUACAUUAGCUGUAGUGAUGCAAGAACUUUGCCUCAGUGUACACUUGUUUUUCAUUUGUGUUUUACUCUCAUAUUGUAGUGCAGGGGUUCAUUAAAGGUCAAUCCCCAGAUGUUGCAAAGCUCCAACUCCCAAGAUGCAUUGCCGGCCUAUAGAAUGUUGAAUUUCCAAAACACCUGGGAAUCAACCUUUUGGGCAUCCAUGCUUUCGUCACUAAAUGGUCAUUGGCUUUCUCCAUUACUUCACCUGGCAUACCAAUAACAGGAGAGGGAAUAUAACUUCGGCAGCUGCAGCUCGAGAGUUUAACUCCUAUUAGUCUCAGGCAGUAUGCAUGUCCCAAGCUGCACUUACGCAAUAUUGCAUAGUAUGACACCAUAUGAAAACAGACAGAUUUGUAUGUGAAUAUACUAUGUAUAUAUUAGAACUUAAAUAAUACAAAAACUGCAAUAAAUAGACAACUUAUUACUUACCACACAGGCAGCGUGACCAUUGAUUUCCCCUGUUCUGUGUAUGCAUAUAUGUGUAUAAAUAGUGGCUAUAUCUGAGUGGAAUUGCAAGUUUAGUUUGCAAGGUCUUGAGAAACGCGUAUACUUGUGCUGGCCUCAACACGGUUGGAGCAUUUAUUUCACAAUUUUUUAUAGAUAUUUUUAUAAUGGAUUAAUAAAAUUCGGAAUUAUUUUAAAAGAAACAGCAGUGGGGAAAUUUGUCUGUAGUGUCGAACUCUUCAUUUAUAUUUCUUUGUAUAUUCCGGGGGAGGACUCCAUGAAAUGACGCUGGACAUCCUCACGCUCUGUCACACAGGACGUCCUCACAACAUAGGUUGCAAGAGACGAAGGUCACAAAAUAUUUGAUCUAAACAGUGGUAUAUGUUCUUAUCCCAACCAAAAAAAAAAGCCUGUUUUUUUUAGUUAUCAGUUUUGAACCCUUUCAGUAUCUUGCAGUAUUGAGAAGAAAAAUACAGAGCUCUAAAAACAAUAUACUGUACUUAUCACGUUAGUGUAAUGCAUGAUUAAAGUCAUCAUUUAAUUUAGGAAAAAGAUUAGAGUAGAAUACAGAGCAGACGGUCAGCUCCAGAAGAACCAGUGAAUAUGUCUCCUUAUUUUUAUUAUUUUAAUAGAUUGUCUACAUAAUUAAUUCAAGUGAUGUGCAUAGCCAGUACAUAACUGAAAUUAAUAUGAAAUAAAUGAGUAAAUCAUUUUUACCUGAUGCCAUUUUUAGGAAUGAGGUUUCAUAAAACACCAGCUUGUUAAACCAAUGUCUGUAUGUGUGUAUAAUGUCUCUGUAUAUCAGUAUAUAAACGUAUAGUGCAGGGAUAGGCAACCUUCGGCACUGCAGAUGUUUUGGACUACACCUCCCAUGAUGCUUUGCCAGCAUUAUAGCUGUGAGAGCAUUAUGGGGGAUGUAGUCCACAACAUCUGGAUUGCCGAAGGUUGCCUACCCCUGGUAUAGUGUGAAGCAGGAAUGUGCCUAAAUGCAUUCUUCACAAGAAAAAUAAAGGUGAAUGGCAUUAAGCAACUGUAUUGUAUAAUGUAUGGAUUAAAAGUACAACAACCAGGAGGUAUAACCAGCUUGUAAUCCUAAUGGCUUGUAUUAGACUUAGAGAUUUAUUUUAUUAUAAACCAGCAAUGCAUCCUCAUUUAGGUCGAUUGGUUGAUCAUUAGAAUUGUGGCGAAGUGUAGCCGAAUUACGAGCCAUGCAAUGGAUGCCUGUUUUUUUUUUUUGUUUCAUAAUUCUGAAUUCCACCCCCUGUGGGCGCCAGAAAAAGACGUGAUUUAUAGGAAAAACAUAUAAUUGGGGGCUAGAGAACAGUCACUAAAUGUUGAGUUUAUUCACAGAUCAAGUAAGAAGUGACAAAUGAAAAAAAAAUCUAUAUUUAUAUUAUAUAUUUAAUAAAUAUACAUAUAUUUGCUGCUUUUUCUCUUUUCGACUAUUGAUUUUUUUUUUUUAUUUCUCACUCCAUCUGUGAACCAAAUGGCAGACAAUGAGACUGUUAGUGUACUGUUUAUUUAUAUUAAGUAUAUAUUUUGCAGUACACUGAUUGGCCCAUUUUGCCCCUUUUAGUUAGUUUUUCAAAUCUUUUUUCGUUAACACGUUCUCAACAUAAAACAUAUUUUCUGGUGAAGAUGCUCAACUGAAAUAAAUAUAUUUGCUGUGCACAAGUCUAUUUUCUAGGUACACUUGAAUUUUUUCUAGAUGGAAGUGAUUAAACAUAUACAUGAGGGUGUCAAGCAGAUAGGAUCUUCUUAAAUUUAUCUAAAUCAUUUGAUACAGCUUGGAAAAUGGACUCAGAAAGUUACUGCCCAGAUUGAAUGAGAAAAGUUUAGAUGAAAACACUUGUACUUGACUUGACAUGAGUUUAAAAAGAAUACAGAGGCAGGCAGUUAAAUGGAAACUGUCAAGUCUCAUAAAAUUUGUAACUAGAGAACAUUAGACUAUUCUCUUGUUUUUUUCAAUUUGUUUAUUAAAGAGACACUAUAGGCACCCAGACUACUUCAUCUCACCAAAGUGAACUGGAUGCAGUAUCCCUGUCCCCCUUAGUCCUGCAAUGUAAAAUAUUGCAGUUUUAGAGAAACUGCAAUGCUUACAUUGCAGGGUUAACACUGCCUCUAGUGGCUGUCUAUCAGACAGCCACUAGAGGUGCUUCCUGCAGUUUCACAGAGUUUAACUCCGUGAAACUACGCUGGACCUCCUCAUGCUUUGUCACACUGGACGUCCUCACAACGUUGGACAUCCUCACGUCUUCAACUUCACAUAGGAAGGUAUAUUAACCCUUUCAAAAACUGUUUUGUAUUCCUAAUGCUGUAUGAAUUAUAGGGCAUAGUGUUCCUUUAAUGAUCUUGCAAGGUGCAUUAAAAAUCAUGUGUCAGUAUGUCAGAUGACACAAAAUUAGAUAAGUUAGUACUGUCUGAAAAAGAUGUUACUUUCGUACAGAGUGAUUUAGAAAAACUGCUGGACUAGGCAGGCAAGUGACAGAUGAGAUUCGAUGUAGAUAAAUGAAAGUUAUACGUUCAAGCACAGACUGUUUAUAUUCAUUAAUUUUUCUAUUUGCUUGCUUUGUGUAUAAUCUCUGCUAGUGAUUGUUGAUUGAGAUGGUUUUCUUUAUAUUUUUGAUGAAACCAUUUUUACCAAUUUGUGAUUUUGUUUAUGCGAUUUACCUGCAAUCUUUAAUUUUAUUCCAGGGCUAUUUCUGACCUCACUUUACCUGGAUUACCAGCUGUCUCUGAGAAGCCUCAAGUAAACCACAAUCUAGGAUUAACUACAACCCACAGUGCUUUUACUGGUGAGCUGUAAGUAACCCAAGCUUCGUUUAAGGUUUGUCCUUUGUAUUUACAAACUAUUUUAGUCUGUUGCAUCAGCUGACUUUUCAUAAAUGACCUUUUCAGACAAAGAAAAUUACAUAUUGGACACAGGUGUUAUAUGCACCUUUUUAUUUAAUACCCCUGUUAAUUUGUACCAUGCUCCACACCUCUAGCUACAAGAGCCCUGACAUCAAACACCCUGCUCUGCUUUAAUAACUGCCUGCUUUGCUGCAGGUGUACUGCAAGCCAUUCACCAAACAUUACAAAUUAUUAAUUUUUUUUAUUAUCAGAAUCACUUUGUCUUCCUCUGUUUAUUAGGCUUGUUUCCAGUAUUUUACUUGUGGUACCUUGUCUCCUGGAUUGUAUAUAUAAUUCAAAAAUGUCAGAUUGGACAUCAUUUUUCCCUCGCUAUUAUACUCACCUUUACCUGUAGCAUCCUGAUAUAUAAUUAGAAACUUGUACUGUAUGAUAUUAUUGUUGCCUCAGUAUGGGAAGUAAGUACACAUUAUAGGGACAGGAACACAAAUAUGUAAUUUUGACCCUAUUGUGUUAAAAUCACUAUCUAGCACCCCCUCUUAUCCCCCCUCCCCCAGCCCCUUUUACCCCCCAUAUAUAUAGUAAAAUUUUAAAUUUCUUCCAGUCUGCUUGUGUUGGCUCUGUCUCUGAUCUGCCUCUAAACAGCUCCCUGUUCAGUAUCUCCAUGCAUGUCACAGUGUUUAUGUCAGGAUUACAAUUGAUUCAACACAAAGUAUUAGUAUCACAUUUAGAACUAAGGAUAACGUCUAACCGGACCUUAGAAUGGCUCGACAUAGUCGAAAUACUAGCCGAGGUCAGGAACACAAAACAAAACACAGUUGCAAGGAAUAGCCAAUAGUCAGGGAUACCAGAAUUCAGAUAAGUCAGAACGAAGCCAAAGUCAAUAACCAAAGAAACACGAUCAGGAACACACUCUCAGAUAACCAUCAAAGGGAAACCACGACAGGGCAAUGAGUGGAAGAAAUGAGUGAGUUUAAAUAUCCCUCUUGUGAAUCCGAUUGGCCGUACCCGACCUUUGACCCCAAAACAUUCACUCGCGUCCUCUGCAUGACGUCACCAGCACGUCGACAUUGCUACCACUGUGAACAGAGGUGGGACUACAUAACAGUGUGGAUCCACAGCGGCCGGCAUCCACCAUCAUGUUGCAAAAGCCCGGCCUUAUGGCAUAAGACCGCCGAAGCAGCACUUCUCCUACUCCUGGAAAGGUGAUUUUUGUUGUGCAUAGCAUAUGGAGAGGAUGUAUAUGUAAAGGUUUACUGCACAAAGCCUGCAGGGACUAACUAUACUAACCAGAACAAAUACAAUAAGCUGUAGUUGUUCUAGUGACUAUAGUGUUCCUUUAAAAUUAACAGUCAAGAAAGUAAAGUAAAGGUUUAUCCAUACAUCACAACAUUUCAAAUGGACAAAGAGGGACACAUUACGUUUAGGGGUGUAAGAGGGGGUGUGACAAGAGGUUGGCUGUUCUUAGACAUUACUCUAGGUGACUUACUAAUAACAAUUGAUUUAGAACAAGAAUGUAUCUUAUUUACACAGACUGAUUUCUAAACUAGACUGAGCAUUAUUGCCGUGGAGCUUUGUGAUACACUCAGGUACACAAACAAUAAGAGGGACAUUAGGAUAGAAUAGUGGGACAGAGGGAUUCGGGCCCAAAAUAGGGAUCUUCCAUCCUUCCUAAAUAGGGCUAAUUGAGAGGUAUGUCUAUGUAUUGCACAAUGACCUUUGGUGAGCUAACAUUCUAAGAUGGAGUAUCAUCCCAGACAGUUGCAAUGUAUAGUAAAAGGUAAAACAAUUAUAUUUUUUCUGCAGUUUUAAAUUUAAACUAUAUCUACAUCUUGAUCAUAGGUAUGUGUGUUAUAUAGCCUUUCCCUGGUUUUAGCCUGCAUGCAGUUACUGUAGCGACAGUCUGGGAACACCGCCAAACAGUAUGCAGUAAAAAAAAAAAAAGGUCUACUAGAUUAUAAUGCCUCAUUCUGAAAAUGUUCUUCUUUGUUGCACAAAUAUUGUCUGUCUUUAUCCAGGUCAGCUCACAGGGGCAUUAGAGAGUCUACAAAAAAAACACUUAUAUGUUGCCGAGCUUUCCCUCCGUGAAAUAAAAAAAAAGAACUAAGUGUAAACUUGUAUAUUUAAUAUUGCACAAUGUUUAACUACAGGUAAAAUCUGUGAGCUGCAAUCAUAGAUUUUUUUUUAAAAUCUUGUGCACGUUGAUUCAUUAAGUAACACGAAGACUUGCACUGCUGCUAAGGGAGUUAAGCUCAGAAAUAUUUUUUAAACCAUUCUAUUUAUUAUCACUGCUCUCAGGCUGGCUUCUAAACAUAAUUUGACAGAAGUUCUAUUUUCCCAGUAUAAGUGCAGGCUUUACACAAUGCUGGGAAAAUAAUUGGUGUGAUUAUAGCUGUACAUAUAAAUAGUAAACAGUAAAAAAAAUACAUGCUUGGGAUGUUGAGAGAUUAACAAUGUCAGUGCCCCAUCAUGGUGCCAAAAUAAUGCCUGAAAGGCUUGGCAUCUCAGUGUCCAUUGUAAGAGGCCAAUAUGGGCCCAGGAGACUCAGUAUCUCCUGGCCCUUUGUGUAUUAAGUAUACAGUGGAACUCACUUUUUAUUGUAUUAUUUAUUUGUGUUAAUGAGAGAUAAUCAUCUCUUUCCAUAUAAGAGAAUUGAUUGUCUCUCUAAAAUCACACGCUAGGGUCUGAAGUUUCAGUGCCACAAAUAAGAUAAAAUAGGCAUUUUAUUUGCCCAUCGUGUUGCUCUCCACCAUGGCAUUGAAAAAAGGAUUUGUUGUGACACAACUUGCCUAGUUGUACAUUAGGCCUAUGUUUAGGUGUACCAUUUUGACCCCAAAUUGUCUUUUUUUUAGCUGGUGAAGCCAUAAUACCACUCAGUAAAUUGUAACAGUAUUGAGCAUUCUGUACAUGAACAGUUGACCCCUUUAUGGAUCCAGGAGACUAUGCAUCUCCUGGCCUUUGUAUAAUGUCACAUAGAUUAAAUAGAUGUAAGUUAUUACCAAAUAAAAAUAUAAGUAUUAGGUCAAUGAGUUUAAGGAAUUUGCAGACGGCAACAUAGAUGUGUUAUUAUCUUUCUGUGAAUCAGGACACAAAACCAGUUACUUGUUUUAAGAAUAUGUGUAAAGCCAAAUUCAUUGAGUACACAGUGAAUGGCGUAAUCGUGCUUUAUCUGCAAAACCUGACGCAAUCGGCAAAGGGUUUGGUUUUUUUGUCCAUUUUGAUUGGUUUAGAGGAUACACUCCCUCUUGUCUUUAAAUAUUACACUAGUGAAGGACUUGCUUUACUCUACUGUUCACCUGGUGUAGCUGUCCAGAAUUUUUUGUUUUUCAUUUUUUUUUGUAAUCCAGAUUUAAGCUGAAGGUAUGUGCUUCUUUAAUGUUACACUGUAUGCUUGUCUUUGAACACUAUACUGUUGGAUUAUUUAUAACGAGGAAAUAUUUCAACUCUUGUGUGACUUACCAGAAAAACAAUAUUUCAAAAAAUUGUAAAUUUCCUCGAUUAAAUCUGAGGGUAAUAUAAAUUUGUUAACAGAAUUGUGUUAUUUGUUUUUGUGUGUUAAUGCAAAUGUGCACAUUUUAAGUGGCAGUUCAACUUACUAAUUCUAAAUGAUAAAUAAUAUAUGAAUUUGAGAUGAUAUAUUUUUAUGUAUGUUUGAACACCAUUAUAGUUGAAUAAAAGAAUAACCAUUUUUUAUUUAUUUUUUAAACGUAGGAUUGUGAAGAGUAGGCGGAUCGCAUUAACAUUAUUAUUAUUAUUAUUAACAUUAUUAUUUACUAAAUUAAGAAUACUGGCAGGGUUAUUCACAGAAGCGAGAAUUUAAAGUGAAUUUAAAGUGUAUGUCAAAUUUAAGGCUAAAAUAGCUCAACCUGCCAAAUUCUUUAAGUCUGCUAUACUUUCAGUUCGACUAGUCUGGCCUUACAUUUGACAUUCACUUUGAAUUAACUAUGAAUUCUUACUAUUGUGACUUACCCUGCAAAUGUUUUUGAAUUAGUUAUGUCUUCAGCAACAUGAAAUGACAGUUAUCCAAUCAGAAUUAAAUAUUUUCCAAACCCAAGGCACAUGUAAAUGUGGAAACACUCUGUGUUUGUUACAUUAAUCUUUGCAAAUAUUAGAUAACAUAGGAUAAAAGACAGAAUUAAAUGAACUCUCAUUUAUACCAGCUUUGGUGAUAUUUGUGAUACCGCAUUUGCAGACUUAGAAUACAUUUUAAUUUUGAAUUUACCUGCCUACUCGUACAUGCUAUACUGUGCAUAUUUGUUAUUUGUUUGUUUUUUAUUUUUUUAUUUCACUAUCUAUUAAAAAAUUGAACUGCAAGACAUGUUAUCAAAUAUAAAUAAUGCCAUUGAAAAAGGUGCCAAUCAAAUAUUAAUGGCUUCAGUAAUUAUUGGCUUAAUAGAUUCUUGCAGUAUCUCUCUGGAUGGAGAGAAAAUAUUAUCAAGUUAUGAUUCACAGUCCUUUAUCUGAUUUUGAGAAGAAUUGUAAAGGCUUCUUUGGAUUUUAUUUGCAGAACAAAGUGUCCUGAAACCCAACACAUUGCGUGAGAACACUUAGAAAAAAAGCUAUACUGUUUGCACUUUAGGAAGAUCACCUGUCAAUCGGUGAACUACUGACGUGUUUAAAUGGAUCGAAUGGAAUUGCAAAAAGUCAACAUGGAGUGUGACGAUGACAGCAACAGUGGAGAGAGCUUUGAAGAUGGAUAUUGCAAAGAAAUGGAUUCUGAAAAAGUUACUAUUAGCAGGUAACAUGACCCUGCUAGCAUGUUCAAAUAUAACUGUAACUAAAACUGAGAAAGAAUUAAACAAUUUCUACAAUAAUUAACGUUCUGAAUUGUAUAUCCUUUCAAUAAUACUUUAAUACAUUUAUUAUUAUUAAUAAUUAUAUGUAUAAAAUAUAAAAUGUGCUGUUAAUUAAUUAACGAAUUUCCAGCACUAAUCUUUUAAUCUUGUGGUGUCAUUUGAAGCACCAUGAAUUGUUUGUACCUUGUAAAAGUUACGGUACAAGCUCCUCAAACUGCAUGUGCUUUUCUUAUUACCUACAAAAUAUGUUUUUUCUGACGUACAAAUAUGUCUCUGACAUGUGCCCAGUAGGCAGGAGCAUGUCAUAAAGGUACCGACCUUACUGUGAUAACAGACACUGACAGAGCUAUUCACAAAAGUGUCAGUCGUUUGCAUGCAUUAGUAUGAGUGCUUUCAAAUAUCAGUGAGUCCGUGAAUCUUUUCAAAUAUUUUCACCUUUAUUUAAUAAAUUCUACAAUACAGGUCUAAAAUGUGAAGUUCACUUUGAAUGCUCAACAACUCAAAUGUUAGUGAAUAGCCCUAAGAAAAUAAUAGAUAAGUAAAUUAUAUAUAUUUGAGGAAUUGUUGAUGCAUUGUUUGUAUAACUACAUUCCAUUUAAAAGAACACUAAAGUAUUAGGAAUACAAGCCUGUAUCGCUCUACUGUCCCUGUCCCUAGUUAUAGAGGUCUGUCCCCUUCCCCCACAUGUCUACCAUACAAAAAAUGACAAUGCGUUUUACUUACCUUUUCCAGCGCCUCCACCUUAGAUGUCAUGGAGGAGGCAUGGCCUGCUCUGUGAUGGCUCAUAAAAUGCUCCUCUCUGAGGAACCUGAUGUGCAUGCAUGUCUACUGCUGCACACAUAUCCUAAGUUUCCCCGUAGGACCUGUAUGGGGGACUGCAAUGGUCACAUGAUGAGUGUUUCACAGACAUUAAGGUGAAAGUGUCUCCAGUGGCUGUUAGUGUAACCAGACCAUUUUAUUGAGGUCCUUUUAAUUAUAUUUCCUUUUGAAAUGAAAUGAUGUGUGUUUUAUGGUGUUCUGAAAGUAAUUUUUUUUUUCUUGUUUGUGCGUUCUUCAAAACAUCUAUAGGAUAGAAAUGUAGGGAACAAAACAAGAUGUAACUGUUUAUUUAAAAAAAAAAAAGACAGAUAUAUGACCUAUAUUUUUGUUUUAUUGCGCAGUCAAUAUGUUGAUGGGGAAGAUGCAGAAAGCCAAAAAUUCCUUACAAAUGGACUUCCUGGAAAGAAAAAAUUGGAAGAAUAUACAGAGGAGCAUGUAAGUAUGACUGUGCAUUGGUUAUCAGCAAAACUGGGCUUAUCAGCAGAAUUGCUCCAUUUUGGUAUAAUUUGCUGAAUAAUAUAAAUUUGUUUGACUAGGACUUCGUUGAAAGAAAAACAAGAUGCUUAGCACACCAUCUGGCUCCCAAUGCCCAUCAGUCACUGAAAUACCAGUCUCAUCUUUCCCUUUUGAAAUACUGUCCUUAACCCUUGACCCUCUCUCGUAUGUUACUUUGACACAGCAGUCUUAGUAAAUCUAGGACAGUGUCAAUAAGUUUACAAUGUGUAAUUAUUAACUCGUGAAUUUUAUGAACUCUGUGCACGUAUCACCGUUAAAAAAUCAGAAUAUUGAGAAAUCAGUAAGCUAGGGAUGCGAUAGACGUAUUUUCGUAAAUCCCUGUUUAAUCACAUAGGGUACAUCAAGCAUAUAAAAUAUGUUCUCGUCUUUUUUGUUUAUUUGCUAAUCUGCCUGUUUACUUUUACCAAAAAAGCACCCUGGGACCACUUCAUUUGGAAUGUCGGUAUUUAACCUUGGUAAUGCCAUCAUGGGCAGCGGAAUUCUUGGACUUUCCUAUGCGAUGGCAAAUACGGGCAUCAUACUUUUUGUGUAAGUACAAAUAAGGAUAAUAAAUAUAAUCAUAAACCAAAUACCUUAUUUUUUUACCAUUAAUGUGACCUCAGAAACAUAAAAGCUUACCUAUAUUAUAUUUUCAUGUACUUUAUGUUGUUGCUGAGAACAGAUGUGUUUGCUACCCAAAUGAAUAUAUUGUGUUAAUAAAUCAAACAAUGGUCUCAAUCACAAUUAAAUUGACUUAAAAAGUUAUACAAUUAUAAACAAGUCACUUAAUAUAAAAAAUGUUUGUUUUUAUUCUCACCUCUAUGAUGCAAUAUCACUAUUUUUAUUUAAAUAAAUAUUUGAAGUUUUACCUAACCUAACUCUAUUAAGGAGGUGACUUUGAGACAGAUGUUUCAAUUACGUUUGAGCUUUAGGUGCCCUUUCCUCUAAACAAAGCACAAUAAUUGAUUGGAGACCUCAAUUAGCCACACAGGUUUUUGAUUUUGAAUGAUGUCCCCAAUUAAAAUAGGUUUAUGAGACCCUCAAAAAAAAAAAUAGAGUUGAACUUGUUGGUCAUUAAUCAAUGACCAGGUUGAUAGUAGUCAAAUGAAUUUCAGCAGCAUUUUUACCUUUAUGCAUCAUGGUCAUCAAACUAAAAUCUAUUAAAAUAUCCAGUACAACAGGAAAACAUCUCAGGGUAAAAGUUUAUGAAGAUAUGGAGAUAUAUGUGGCAAUGGAGAAUUCACAAGUCAUAAAAAUUGUGGUUUUCAGUGGAGGGAUAUGAAAGGAGAUAAAACUCCUCUCCAAAAAUAGCAUUUCUGCGUUUCUUAAGUUUGUGAAAGACCACCAGGAUGGUACAGUAUGCUACCGGACGAACACUAUACAUUAAAUUCUAACUAAAUAACCAUAUCAUAACUGUCAGCCAUGGUGGUAGAAUCAUCAUAGUUUAUGACUGCUGCAGUCACUAAGGAAAUAAGUAUUGCUGAAUUGUACUAGCAAAUUCUAAAAGAAAAUGUCAGGGCUCUCGGCGAUGGGAUCAAGUUUAGCAGAAUAUGAGUAAAUCUAACAAACACAAGCAAAUCUCCAACUGAAUGGAAGAAGGAGAAGAAAAUUAAGGUUUUAUGAUGACCAAGCAAAAAUCCUUACUGUAUCAUUACAGAAAUGUUUUGGUACAACCUGAAGCAAGCACUUCAUGCCUACAAAUCUCAGAACAAAUGAAUGACAUUAAAUGGCUCUCUCAAAAAGGAGUGGUACCAAAUAUGUGCAGCUGAUGCACAGGAUUGAUCAAUGGGUGAAGGAAAUAUAUGGUGGAUUUUAUGGCUAAAAAAUAAAAUGCCACAAGUUGCCAAAUUUCAGAUUCACAAGACAAUUUGUGAGUUUUCUAAUAACAGCAUUGAUUAUCAACACCCAAGCAACCAAGCCCUGAAGAAAAGCCUAAGCAGAGAUCCAUAGGUAUGCCCCUUCUCGGUCUCUCCGCUCUGCCUGUGACCGUCUCCUGUCCCCUGCUGGCACCCGUACGGCCAACUCGCGCUUGCAGGACUUUUCACGGGCGGCUCCCUUCCUAUGGAAUAGCCUACCUACCACCAUCAGACUCUCCCCUAGUCUUCAAUCGUUUAAGAAGUGCCUUAAAACCCAUCUCUGUAGGAAAGCUUAUGGCCUCCUAGAGUAACCUCUACCUCACAUACCUGUCUCUUGCUCUCUCCUAUAGGGCAGCACUCUACUCUCUCCUCCAGCUCUGCUUCACUCCCACCUUAUUUAAUUGAUAUUUCCUGUCCUAAUUUGUUUUAUACUCCAUCUGCUAUAGACUGUAAGCUUGUUUGAGCAGGGUCCUCUUCAACUUAUCGUUCCUGUAAGUUUUUUAAUUGUAAUAGUAAUUGUCCUAUUUAUAGUUACAUCCCCUCUCAUAAUAUUGUAAAUCGAUACGGAAUCUGUUGAUGCUAUAUAAAUGGCAAUAAUAAUAAUAAUAAUAUUAAUAACAAAUGCAGUGAGUGUUGGAUCAAUGUCUUAAAUAAUGCCAACUAUAAAGGUUUGUUAUGCUAUACUUUCAUCAGAUUCUAUACAUGUAUUUUUUUUAUUUAGAUGAUGAUUGGAACAUAUAAUAUGGAGCUUUAUAGGUCUGACGCUUUGGUACUGAUUCUAUAGCGUGGGAGUGGGCAACUUUAAGCACUCCAGAUGUUGGGGACUACAUCUCCCAUAAUGCUCUUGCAGCCAUAUUUCAGACAAAGUAUCAAAGGAGAUGUAGUCCACAUCUGGAGUCCUGGUUGCCUAGCCCUGUGACAGAGGAUGUGAAAAAUACAUAACUAGAAACUAUUGAUUGCUCAAACUAUGGCUCAUUGCCCCUUCAAUAACGAACUCAUGACCUCAGAAAAAACAGGAGAUAUGUGUCUACUCUUUUAUAUAGUAAUACUAACUAUUUUGAUACUACACAAUGAUGAUGGCUACAGUAUGUAGUGUCUUUGGAAAGAACUUGACAUGACUAGGGCUUUAGAACUGUGAGAAACAGGAUCUGACUAGACACGGAAUGUUUGUCUCGCUUUAGCCCGUGCACAAGUCCCUUGACAUUUUCUUUUAGGAUUUGCUUGUGCAAUUCAGCAAUAAUUGUUGCCUUAGUGACUGCAGCAGUAAUAAACUAUGAUGUUUCUACCACCAUGGCUUUCAGUUAUAAUAUAGUUAUUUUGUUAGAAUUUAAUGUAUAGUGUUCAUCCAGUAGAAUUCAGUUUGGAGACGGUAAAUUUUAGCAUGAUCAAUAUUCUGGUCAUGAUAUACACAUGGUUGUAGCCUAAUCCAGAAUAACAGAGAGAACAAAGUACGUACUAUUAGUCUGCUGGUGCAAUCAUCUGCUGAUAAUAUGACCAGAUUAGUGGCUGCAUGUUGACUUGAUGUAGUUCGCAAAUUUAUUAAGUUAAAAAAGUGAAGUCUGUAUCCUUUGCACGUAUGUUGAAGUCAGAAAUGAGAGCAAAGGCCUUUACAGCAUGGCUGAGACAAGGUACAGUUUCAUCCAUAGCUUGCAUCAUUUCAAUGUGAGCAACUCUGCUAUGAAGUUGCAUCAGUCAAACUCUUUCUAGCAAUAUGGGGUCAUGCGUUGUUGAUGUAUGGCUGCCUGUUCAAUUUACAUCAACGGCCACAAAAGAUGCCUUCCUCACACACAGGCUUGUUCUCAUUAUUAUAAAAUAAAAUAAAAAAUGUAAAACAUAAAAAGUUAUUACGUUGCUAUGUAAAGGCUAGAGAAAUCUUCAUACUGUGUGAUAAAAUUCACUGGUACAAUCACAGUUUUAAUUAAAACAUAGUCAUUCCCAGUACAUCCACUCUAUAAUAAAGUCAUUGUGUGUAAUUUUAGAAUGUUUCAAACAUUAUAUGACUCAUAUUUUCAAUGUUAACACAAGUUUAGCACUGCAACAUAUAGAAACUUCUUAAUUAAAAAGGUUAGAAGUUUGUCCAACUUGAAGAGGGUGGGUUGAAAGUUUUAUACAAUAUAUUCAUUGACCAACCUAUCCACAUUUUGACCUUUAUGUUUUGUAUAUUUAGCAACAAACCAUUUUUGGGGGAAUAUGCAGCAAUAAAAAUGUUCUGUAUCAUCAAAAAAAAAUCAUCCUCCUAAUGGUAAAUAUAAUUACUAAUUCUCUCUAUAUAUAUAUAUAUAUUGAAUUUUUAAAGAAACCUCCUUAAUGCAGCAUAACAAUUUCAUUGCAGUGAAGUAGUUAUUUUACAUACCAGAAGGUCCCUUUCACCAGCUUACCUUUAGGGGUUAAACCGUUGUAAAAGAUUACAAAAUCUUACUUAAAUGUGUUUCGCUCUACGCCUGUCCUUCCACUUUUCUGAUAUUAUUUAAACAGGGAGUCUCGGACUGCCUCGGACAGGGGUAGCAUUGAUUGGAUGAGAGCAUCAGCUGACACUCUCAGUCAAUCAUCAGUUUCCCUGUCCGACAAAAUCCGAGGCUUCCUGUCUGAAGAAUCUAAAAGAAAUAAAAGGACAGGGGUACAGAUAAUAGCACUGGAGUCACUUUGUCACUUUUCAAAAACGGUUUAACCCCUGAAGUUAAGCCGACACUAGGGGCCUCUUGGCACCACAACAACUUGAAUUACUGCUACUAAGGCUUCUCAGCUGAGUUCUAUCUAAGUUUGCCUUUGCAACUGAUAAUCUCAGCCAAUCCAUAUGGAAGCUUUGGGGGCCAAAGAGCGUGCACAGCAAUUGCCUCACUGCGCCAGUCAGCAUCUCUUCAGAGAUGCAUUAACUGAAUUUAUCUCUACGGGAAUGUUCAGCAUCUCCAUGCACACUGAACCUUCAUCCUACAAAGAUUGCAGGGCCUAAACCAGGAAGUAUCUCUACUGGCUGUCUGAGUUACAGGUAAUAUAGGUGGCAUUGUAUACACUGCCUUUUCUACAUUAAACUUUGUAGGCCGAUGUAGAAUUGACUGACCAAACUUAGAUUUGGUGAAUAAUUACUGAUAUUAUUUGUUAUUUAUGCUUGUAGACCUAUUGGUGUCAUAGGUGUGUCUAGAUACAUUUGGUGUAAGAGUUGAAGUUCAACAGUUGUGUAGUAACAAUUAAACACUUACAAAAAUGUAGAUUGCUCUGUUUGUUCAUUUUAAAUUGAUUUACCCUAAUAUUACUAUUAUUGCAGGAUUCUUCUUCUUGCAGUUGCAAUAUUAUCCCUGUACUCUGUCCACCUUCUACUGAAGACUGCAAAAGAAGGAGGUAUGUCUUCUAUCUCAUGCAUAUUGGUACUAACAUCAAACCUCUUAGGUGAGUCCUACACUAACAAUACACCUUGCUGAUUUCAGGCAAAACAGAAUUUGGUAUUCUUAUGACUCCCUACAAACCAAUUAACAUAGGGCAUACAUGGGGUGUGUGGCAGCACUUUUGUGUAAUCUCACUACCCUUCGGUGACAGCAGUGACUAUAGUAUUCAGCAGCCCACAAACAUGUAUUCCAGAGUGUAUACCAGUCAGCACUGCAGCAGUUAUCUGAGUAGAAUUUUCCAUUUGAAAAUAGAACCAUAAAAAAUAUUAUUAUGACAAUAUAGAUUAUCAUCAUUUUUAAGAGGUUAAUAAUAUUUUGGACUCGAGUUCUUUAAUGCAAGUGUUUUUCCAUAUGCUUGUUUUGUGUUAUUUAUGUUGUUUAUUCUCUAUCCGAAUAGGUUCAUUAAUUUAUGAAAAAUUAGGUGAAAGGGCGUUUGGAUGGCCAGGAAAACUUGCAGCUUUUAUAUCUAUCACAAUGCAGAACAUCGGAGGUAAGAUAUCACAAUUAAUAGAGUUGAAUAAACAUUGUUAAAUCGGAAAUAAUAAAAAAUUUUAGCCAGAUUAACCACAUUUGAGAUAAUAUUUCCACAAAUAGAUCUGUCAGCCUAUUUUAAACUUGAAUUCUCCUCCUAUCUGUGCUUACAUUAAAACAUAUUUGAUUCUUCCUUCUGUGGUAAUCAUUGUUCCUUUAGGAAUAUGACCUCAUGAGAAAAAUAUGAGUGUCUAUGAUACUUUUACAUUGCUAUAAAGGAAGGCUAAUAUUAGUCUCAUCCAUUAAAUAUAUCCUAAUGAAAUUCUCCUAGAGCUCCACGGAUUCUCUUUGAUUUAAUCCACAAUAAUACUUAACUCCAGCUCACAUAGUUUGUGUUGCUUACAAUUAACUAUGAAUUAGUUUGCCGUAAAAUAAGGAUUAUUUAGUCAUUAGUUACAUAAGUAGCUUACAUUAGUACCCGGGCAAAAUGUACAAUUAAAGCAAACUUAAAAAAAAGAAUGAUUCAUGUCAUAUAGGUAAAUGAGAAAAGUAUUUUAAUGGUAUGAAUACAUUUAAAAAGAAAUUAAAUCUAGCUGAUGAUAUUACAAAAUAAUAUAAUACUACAGAAAAUUAUAACUAUUGGGUUAGAAUAAAACAUUAAUAAACAGAUUUAGCAACUAGUUGAUAGAAACAUUCAUUUUGAUUUAUUGAAACCAGGAAAAGGUUAGUUUUUUUUAAUUUUUUUAAAGGACCACUAUAGGCACCCAGACCACUUCAGCUUCAUGAAGUGGUCUGGGUGCCUGGUCCAGAUAGGUUUAACCCUUUCUUCUAUAAACAUAGCAGUUUCAGAGAAACUGCUAUGUUUACAAUAGGGUUAAUCCAGCCUCUAGUAGCUGUCUCGUUGACAGCCGCUAGAGGCGCUUCCGCGCUUCUCACUGUGAAAAUCACAGUGAGAAGACGCCAGCGUCCAUAGGAAAGCAUUGUAAAUGCAUGCGCAUUCAGCCGAGGAGGAGGAGAGGAGACGGAGAGUCCCCCGCCCGGCGCUGGAGAAAGAGGUAAGUUUAACCCUUUCCACCCCGUAGAGUCCGGCGAGAGGGGGACCCUGAGGGUGGGGGCACCCUCAGGGCACUAUAGUGCCAGGAAAACGAGUAUGUUUUCCUGGCACUAUAGUGGUCCUUUAAGUUCGUUUUAUUUACUUUGCACCAAUUUUCUUUUGUUUUGUGCUAAAUUCUGUCAAGUUGUUAACAUUGAGAACUCUUAUUUCUUUUAGUUCUUUAAAGACAGUCUAUUCAGAUAUCCUCAUUGAUGUUAACUAUAUAAUAUCUGAAAAGUGUAUGUUAUAAAUGUUUUAAUUUUCAACAAACUUUCAAAUUAAAAGAGUAAUUUUAAAGGAUCACUCUAACAUUAGUUAAUUACCUUCUUUUCCCUCAUGCACACCAGCUUCUCCCCUGGCUUAGAUCACCAAAACUGUUGAUAUCAGCCAAUCCAUAUGAAAUCAUUAGGUUCCGAGUGCGCAUGUGCAGCAAUUGCUUCAUUGUGCCAGCCAGCAUCUCCUCGGAGUAUCUUUGUGGAGAGCGUUCAUCAUCUCCAUUAACACUGAAACUUGGUCCUACAAAGAUUUUAGGGAUGAAACCAGGACGUUCCUCUAUUGGCUGAGUGACUAGACAGCAAUGUAAACACUGCCUUUUCUAGAAUAAGCUGUAAGGGUCUUGGUGCUUAUAGUAUCCUUUUAAGUUGGCUUUGAUCUAACUAUGGCCUAUUCCUUGUUAUCAUAUUUGAAAUGGCACAUGUUAUCACUGUUCGGUUAACUGUUAACAAAAUAUUGAAGCAUUCCAUCCCAAGAGUUCAUUAAUCCUACAUUUUUAUAUAUUACACAACAAGUUACCAUAAUUUGAUAAUCAACUUGUAAAACGUAGUACACAGUUGAAAAGUGGUCAAGUUAGAAAGACAUUCAUAAACCGAUGACAUGAUCAAUCUAUCUGACAAGUAUAUAAUACCACGUAACACUUACUUUACGAAUGUACAAAUAAAAAAGGGUUUUAUGUUGGUACUAAUCCCAGAUAUCUGUGAAAUUGUGAAAUUUGUGUUACAAAGUUACAAUGUAUACUUGUUCAUUGCGAAUUUGGGGAAAAUAGAAUUUAUAUUUUCCAUCUUCUCUUUUGCAGCGAUGUCAAGUUACCUAUUUAUUGUAAAAUAUGAACUUCCUGAAGUAAUACGAACAUUUAUGGGCCUUGAAGAAAAUUCCGGGUAUGUGUUUUACGCUUACUGCCUAGAUUAUCACCAUAUAAAUAAAAAGGACGUAUAUCAGUUUUCUAUAAGUUUUCAGCUACAUAAUCUGAUACAAUAUACUCAUUCUCUUCCAUAUUCAGAGAAUGGUACCUGAAUGGCAACUACCUCGUCAUAUUUGUGUCAGUUGGAAUAAUUCUUCCACUAUCUCUGCUAAAGAAUUUAGGUAAUUAUUUAAAACACUGUUUAUCGUAGAGUUUACAUAAGAAUCUGAUAGAAGGGAAAACGAUGUGUUUGACAUAUGAGGAUUUCGAAGACAUUUCUCACUGUCAAUCUUUCAUUUUAUAGGGGUUCCGUUUGUGCUGUAUAUUUGUAAAAUAGGAAUUUAGUACUUUCAUAUUUGUUCAUUUCUUCUUUUGAAUUAAAUAGGGUAUCUUGGAUACACAAGUGGAUUUUCUCUUGGCUGUAUGGUGUUUUUUGUCAGUGUGGUAAGUAGUGAUCUUAAUUAGAUUUAGAAGAUAGAUUGGCCGAGCUAUAACUAUUGUGGGCAUAAUACCUCGUAGGUGUUAUAUUUCUACAUUCUACAUAUAUAUUACAUACUAUGUGUACUGAUACAGCAGUUCUUAAAGGGGACCUUGCACUCCCCAAGAAUUCUAGUAUUAUAUUUACUUAUCCCUAUAUUUUAUUCUAAAAUAUGCAUUUGUGACGGAUAAAGAUAAAAUUAAAUGUAGAAAUGGAAAUCCAAACCUCUUUAUUCUGCAGUUGGAUGGCUCCAUCUUGGAUCCGUGUCAAUGAUUGUUAUAGACUCUAUCUCUCGCACCUGUCAGAAUAGAGAAAACAUACAGACAAGAGGAGAAAUUAAACAGCUUUUAACUUCUCCUCAUAUGGUGUGUGAAAUGGCUGCACCUGGUCGAAACUGCAUUAUAGGGAAAUUUUUGAAAUCUUUAAUGUAAAUUUUAAAUAAAAUGUAGUAUCCCAUGGAAACAAAAAAAGGUUAACACAAUGUAUGAGUGAUUAUCAAUCUCUUAUUCAAUAGUUUAACCCCUUAAGGACACAUGACGGAAAUAUUCCGUCACGAUUCCCUUUUAUUUCUGAAGUUGUAACCUUAAGGGGUUAAUUUCCAGAGAAAUGCCAGUAUCCUUUUAACUGUGGUUUAUGGACCUCCAAUGCACACCAUGAUCUUGUGUUGAGCAAGUUUGAGUGAUACAAGGGGUCUAUGCACUUGUACCUGCCAACCAAAUUUUUAAGUCAGUUCAAGUCAAUUGUUUAAAGUUGGUCAAUAGGCAAGCUAAACAAUUACAGCUGUUUAUGUGUACAGUAAAAAGACUGACUUAAGCCAACCUAAAAAGUCAAAUUGAAGUUUUCAUGCCAAUAAAUAUCAAAUUUGCUUCCAAGACUAUAACAGAAUCUAUGAGUAAGAAGGCCUUCCCAUAAACCAUGUACAGCAGGCAGUGGACCAAUGAAACAAAUGUUUAGGGUUUUUAAUAAUUAAAAACAUUUAUCAGAUUUCUGUCAAUGGAACUCUCUGGGCACGACAUGAACAUCUCACUGAUGUUGUUAUGGUGCCUGGAGGUCCUGGGUGCAAUCUUUCCUUAAGUAGUUAAACCAUUUUUGAAUGGUUUAAGCCCAAAUUUCAGCAGAUGAUGCCUUUCAACCCUGCUCCUCUUCUCCCAGCCAAGUGUGUACCUUCCUCUUGUCAUCAGCCAUAUAUUAUCAAAAAUAUACAACUUUCACACAACAAACACAAAUCUACUACACACAGUUUUACAACAUGUAUUUUUAACAUCUGGAAAGUUUUCAUGACAGUCCAUUUUGCAUUAAGAUACUUUAACACUGUGUCUCUUUCAUUUUGCAUUCCAGGUCAUUUAUAAGAAAACGCAAAUACCAUGCCCUUUACCUCUACUGGACCACAAUAUUGGGAAUUUGACAAGCAACAGUACUUACGACCUGCACCCAUUCAUCGUACAAAAUAUCACUGACAGUUCUGAAGCAAAUUUCAUGAUGGAUUAUACACAAGGACAAACAACAGAACUCAAUGACCACGAAAACCAGAAUGAAGGCAGCCGAGUGGAAUAUGAAGCCCACACAGAUGACAAAUGCCAGCCCAAGUACUUUGUGUUCAAUUCUCAGGUAGAAUUAUUUCCAAUCUUUAACUGUACCUUUACCCGUACCAUCCAAAUGUAUCUUUCUUAUAGUGAUAGCAUUGUACCAAUUUCAGUAACUGAUACAUGAAAUUAUUAAAACAUUUAUUAUUUUCUCAAAAUGUUAUAUUUAUUUGAAACCCCGAUUUAUAGCUAGCAUAUUAAAGUAUCACAAAACUGAAAUUUUGAUUAUAAAAUGUAAAUUAUGUGUUUACAAAAUUGUUCUUUUUUUCCUCCUUUGCAGAAAUAUUGGGGGCUGGUGGUUUAAAACAUAAUAAAUAUGCUUCCAUUUUUAAUUUAUUAUAGGAUUAUAUUUUGUUGGGUUCAUACAUGUAAUCGUGUCUUCAUUAGUUUGUAUACAUAGUUAUUUGUUAAUUAAUAUUGUCCAAGAAUGAUAAUAAUAAUAAUAAUAAUCUCUUCUUUCCUUUAGACAGCCUAUGCCAUUCCAAUUUUGGCCUUUGCGUUUGUGUGUCAUCCAGAAGUUUUGCCAAUCUACAGUGAGCUGAAAAGGUACAAAAUGCAAAAAACUUUGGGGUGACUGGGGAUAAAAUUACUAAUUAUUUUUUAAUUUUAAUAAAAAAGAGUUAUAUUAACUUAGCAGCUUAGAAUAUUGUACUAUUGGCAUGAUAUAAUAGUGGUGUCAACUAUUGAAUCAAUUCUUUCAUAUUCUUAAUAAUACAUAGAAAAUCACAAGUCAUGUGACUAGCUGUUGCAUAGUAGCCUAAUAUUUUUUUUUUUAGGCUUGCUUUCAAUAAAGACCUGGAGGCAUGUUCUUAGUUAGUCAAAGCCUUGAAAUGAAAUUUUUAAACCCCUUAAGGACACAUGAGAUGUGUGACAUGUCAUGAUUCCCUUUUAUUCCAGAAGCUUGGUCCUUAAAUUAAAAACUCAUACAUACGUAAAACAAUGGCUUUAGGAUCCCAGGCAGAUUGUGGAGUAGGACAGAAGCUAAUAAAAGAAAAUAAAUUGAAUACUGUCUUCCCUUUAACUAUUUAGAAUUUAGAUAUAAAUUUCCUGAUCCAUAGAAAGUUAUGUAAGUCCUUUUCAUUUUUUUGGCUUUUUUUUUUUUAAGGAAACGAAACUUCAAUUUUUAUAUGUAUUUGUUCAAAAAGCAAUAGAAAACAAUUUCACAUUAACAAAUGCAUGUUCAUAUAACCCUUACAGCCGAUCUCGGAGAAAGAUGCAGAAUGUAUCGAAUGUCUCAAUAGCUGCCAUGCUGGCAAUGUAUCUCUUUGCUGCCCUUUUUGGCUAUCUUACAUUUUAUGGUAAGUAAAUGCUUAUUACUUUUAAUAACAGGUGACUGCUUUAAAAUGUGGUGUAUUCUCAUAAAUGUGAUCUUUAUUAUGUUACUUGAUGAUUAGGAAUCUGCAACUGCGAUAUAAAAAUAACAAAAAUAACUAUAUGCUUGUAUGCGUGUGUUUGUGUAUAAACGCAGAUCUAUGUACAUACAAUAGUGUAUAUACACAUGUAUAAAACAACAAAGGACCGAACACUCUUAAAAAAGUGGCACUUUAUGAUCUCAACUCAUUAUGAAUCUACUAAAAAUCUAUGUAAUAAGUGUCAUUAAAGUCCAUCUGUUACUUUCGGGGGAUUUGCACACUUUGCAGUGACCCAGAAUGUGGUAUCUCCAGAGAUGGUCUGGUGGCCAUGUGGUGCCGUGGAAGGUAGUUGUAAUUAACUGAAGCUGUCCCUCAGGACUACAGGAAUCUUUGCUCUGUGCAUCAACUUCACCUCCUGGCUCCAUCUGCCGGGAGCCGCAUCAGUUUGAUACUCUCGUGCAUGCGCCGUAGUACAAAGUGCACUGAGCUCUAUGGAUGAUCCUGCGAGACUGCAGGUUCCUCCAUAGAUCGAUGUCUGAAUCUGGAAAUCAUCAUUUUUGUCAGCUUUUGCCAACCUUAAAUGUACCAUAACACAAAAUAGUCCCUACUAUGUCUUAUGGUAUCUAGGGAUCGAGUAAGAAUUUCACUGACGUUCUAACGCAGUCAGGAUCAGUAUUUCAAAUCUUUAUGAAAUACUAAAAAGUGGUAGAGUCACUUCAAUGCUUUCCAUUACCCCCCUCUCCCCCUCGUUGUUUUUUUAUUUAUAUAGUUCAGCAUGGUCCAUUUUAAUAGGAGCAUGACAAGAUGUGUUCUAAUUGAUCUAAGCUGAUUAAUUGUGAUUAAAUGUUUGAAUGUAUUGGUGUUCAUAUUGUGCCUUUUAAUUGCAGGAGAUGUUGGAGAUGAGCUGCUUCACACCUACACUAAGGUGUACAAAUUUGACACUCUUCUCCUGUGUGUUCGCGUAGCAGUUCUGGUUGCUGUGACUUUGACAGUACCCAUUGUUUUAUUCCCUGUAAGUAAGAUAAUUUGCACAUGUGUAAAAAUUUCAAUAUUUACCAGUGAUCAUAAAGAUUCUAAACAUUAUCAUACUGCGUUAGUACACAAAGCAAAAAUAAUUCUGUCUGCUACAGGUCAGUUCAUGUUAAAAUUGCAACGCUCGAGCAAAGCACUUCAACUGUGAGUUUGCCGCAGGUUCUGUUCUUGCAUCAAUAUUCAAUAUGAACAAUCCUUAAAAAAUAAAUAUUUCAUAAAGUUUAAAAUACCUUAAUUUCUUAUUGAGGACAUUAGUUUGGGACAAAGCAGGGAAAGUAGCACAGGCAGUUCUAACGCGUUUCAUGCAUCACUUCAUCACAGAGACCUGCUGUGUCCCAGCUGAAUGUCCUGAACAAAAAAAUGAAGGUAUUUUAAACUUUAUAAAAGCUAGUUUGAGUUGGAAAUCUCCUUUUCAGUCGACAAUUCCAUAGAAUUUUACAGUUAGAUGUUCAAGGCUACAAUAAUGUUACUCUAAAAAUUGAAUUGUAAAGAUUUAAUAGUCAGAUUUGCAAAACUUGAAUUAAAAUAGACAUGUUGAAAUAUAAAGUUUUUUUCAACUAAGCCGCUUUCAAAUGUCUUUCUUUUGUUGAUUACAAUGAAUUGUUUAGUGAAUGUACAUCAUACGGUUAUGGCACCCCAGAGAUGACAGAGAAAGUAUUUUUAGCAUUGUGUAAACAUUGUACUAUGUUGCGGGCACAAUUUAGUAGAUCGUGUCCGUGAGAUAGGUAACAUGUUAAUUACUUUUUGCAAUAUAGUUUACUAGUGGGCCUGUUCUACUAAAUCAUGCACAUGGGAUAACUAUAUUGUGGACAGCAGGGUCGGUGCAUCCUAUUAGUACCUACCUCACCGCUGCUCACUGUUGUUAUUUCCAGAUUUUAACUCCUUUGCAAUUAAAGAAAUAUAUUUAAUGUAUUUCUCUUUUGUUUCUAUUUUUUUUUUUUUUUUUUUUUAAACUACCCCUUCUCCACAGAGCCCACUCUACUUAUGAAACUGUCACUACCUAAAAUAUAUGUUUUGGUGCCUUGUUUCUCUUAGCAGUGUACCGAGUGAGGCCAGGAUCCCAACGCCCCAGGACAGUGUUGCUUAGUUCAAUAGAUUUAUGUAACAGUACUUGGGGAGGAGGUAAACAUUCAGGGAGAGGAAGGAUGGAGAGGGAGAGAUCUUGCAUUAAAUUACUGUUUACAAUCUAAAAUGUCAGUAUGAUAUACAGUAACUGUGUAUUUACACAAUCACUGUGUUUAUUUUUAUGACAUUUUCUACGUUGUGCUGGCAUUUUGGGAAUCUGCAUUCCCAAACACAGCAGCAGAUUGCUUACACAUAAUUUACUACUGCCACAACUACACUAACAAAAAUUAUGCAACCUUACAGAUUAUUCCAAAGAAUUAUGAAGUCAAUGCAUUCUAUUUGAUCUCUCAAAUUAAAAACAUUGUCUUUCUCUAUAGGUGUACAUGAUGACAUUUUUAAGGCAGCCCUAAACAUUAAAGGACCACUAUAUUGCCAGAAAAGCAUACUCGUUUUCCUAGCACUAUAGUGCCCUGAGGGUGCCCCCACCCUCAGGGUCCCCCUCGCGCCGGGCUGGAUGGAGAGGAAGGGGUUAAACUUACCUCUUUCUCCAGUGCCGGGCGGGGAGCUCUCCUCCUCCUCUCCGCCUCUUCGGCUGAAUGCGCAUGCGUGGCAGGACCCGUGCGCGCAUUCAGCCAGUACAUAGGAAAGCAUUCACAAUGCUUUCCUAUGGACGCUGGCGUCUGCUCACUGUGAAAAUCACAGUGAGAAGCGCGGAAGCCCUCUAGCGGCUGUCAAUGAGACAGCCACUAGAGGCUGGAUUAACCCUAAUAUAAACAUAGCAGUUUCUCUGAAACUGCUAUGUUUAUAGAAAAAAGGGUUAAACCUAGCUGGACCUGGCACCCAGACCACUUCAUUAAGCUGAAGUGGUCUGGGUGCCUAUAGAAGUCCUUUACAUAUUCUAUGUACAAGCUAUGUAUUUUAGGCUUUAAAAAAAUAUUAGGUUUCCAAGCAGAUAAAUAAUUAUAUGUAGAUUGCAUCAUGUACAACUGUAACAAAAAAAAGCAAAAAAAAACAAAAAUGUUAGUUACAGUUUUUAAAACCUUUAGCAUCCUUUUUAAAUCUCCAUUCUAAUUUACAUUUACGAUAACCAGGUUUUGAACAGACAGCUUUUUAAAAGUAACUAUUGCCAUGAAGUCUUGGGGCAGCUGGUGGCUUAUUACGGCAGUAUUACCUUUCACAGUCUAUAAAUAUACCCUUGAAUACAGAGGUCUCCUGUUUCAAACAAACCCUUUGCUAAAUUGAAAUGUAUUUUUUUUUUUGUUUCAAUUAUCUUUUUUUAUUUUAUUAUUUUUUGCAAAUAUAUAAUGGCGGUAUAGAAAAAUGUUCUUUUAAAAUAGUAGUUAUGCCCUCAAGGAGAAAUAGAAUCCACUGUAGUUCGUGUUUUAACCAAACUUCAAUAAUAGAACAUGUUCUACCUGUCAUUCUGGCUGAAUUUAUAAACACGCUCGCUGAACCUCUUCUAGCUUCUAGCCAUUCCCAUAACUUUCUAUCAUUAUGUCAAAAUUCCAUUGUGAAGGAUGAUCUCUCCGUGGCUAAAAAUUUGUCAAAUAUUUUCUCUCAUAUCUUGCUCUUUGUGUAUGUUAAUUUUGUAUAAAUGGUGGCUUCUAGGUUUCAUGAGCAGUUGCUAAGCUAGCCACUGGUUGUUUUGGGUUCUUUCAAUGCUAUUUAUUGGCAAGCAAGUGAAAAAAAAAAAAGUCAGAGCCAUUUCACCUCCCAGAGAGCGUAAUCUUAUACUAUAGCAGGGUUGACAAAAAAGGUAGAUCCCCAGAUGUUGUUGAACUACAACUUCCAUGAUGCUUUGUCAUUCUAAAGCAUUCUAAAGGCAUGCAAAGCAUCAUGGUAGUUGUAGUUUUAAAUCAUCUGGAGAUCUACCUUUUGAUCACCCCUGUUCUAUAGUAUAGCAGUUCAUAACCAGCGGUGGAUUAAGAUAUUAUUAACCCUGGUGCCGAUUAUUAUGAUGGGACCUAUUACAGAAUCUUACAGACAGAUAACACUAUUACAGCCAUGCCACCCAUGUGUCUUGUAUGUUUUGGAGGUGGUACUUUUCUCGUCUGCUUUCUUAAUAGUCACUUGUCCACUCCAGCACCUUAAGACAUUAAAAUGUAUUAGAAUUAAAGUUAACAUCCUCAUUACAAGUUCAAAUAUUUACAAUCUUUGCGUGCUCAUGCUGAGCAAUGAGAGGCUGUAAACAUCAAAAAAUAAGAGGAAUUGGCACUUUAAAUUGCAUAAAAUAUUAUUUAUUAACCCCUAAUGGGCCGUCGUAAAUGAUUUGCACUGUUUUUAUGGAUUUCAUUUCUGUUUGAAUUAGUCAUUGGAGAGAUCUAGAUCACAAAACAAAUAGGCACCACAAAGCCAAACAGGAAACAGGUGGUCAAGCACUUUAAUCUGCACUUAUUAACUCAAUUUACAUGUGCUUAACCAGCACGUGACAUUUCAUUUCGGGAUAAUAAUUUAUGAUCUGCCUGUUUUAGCUAUAAAUUGCCCUUGUAGAUAAGGCAGUGCAUUAGCGAUGAACUUGUCCUAAUGGUAUCAACAUUUAAUACUAGAAUGUAUUUCAAAUGUUUUCUGCUCAGAUAUUCUGAGACUAAUGGAGGAUUUGCAUAAAGCAUUUUAUUUAAUUAUAAACGGGGCCACCCUUUGCAUUCUCAUGGCCCUGUGCAGAAUAAUCUGGGGACACCUUAACUCCACCCAUGUUAUCAUAUUUUAGGUCCUACUAAUUAAUGAGUUAUGUUUGGAAGGUGGUCUUGGUCCCUGGUGGUCCACAGUUGGUGAUGCAUAUCUUUUUAUCACUGCUGCUAUACGACCCAGAAAACCUAUGGUCACAUGGGUAUUUUCUAUUUUGGGUUUCUUAGAACCUGAUGGUCUGAAACCACUAGCUAUCAGGUGGUCCUGGUGAUAAAGACUUUGGUGUAAAACUAGAGAUUGCAGAGAAGUAAAAACAAAAGGGAAUUUUAGGCAAAAUAACCAAAAUAGAGGAAAAAAAGAUUUGGAGAUUUUAUUUUCUAAUUUGGCUUUUUUAUUUUUCUAAAUAUUGCAAUUCCCCUUGACGGUAUUCUACAAUUCCCAGUCCAGUGGAGAGAAAAAUAUUAUUUGACUGAAAAUAUCAGAGAGACUUAAUGAAGGAUUAAUAGAUAGGGGUAAACAGAGGUUGCUAUACUGAAAAAUGAUUGUGACUAAAGAGAGCAUUAUAGAACACCUUUUGUUCUUCCUGCUAAACUCACCAAACGAAAGAGUUAUUUACCAGUAGAUGGCACUAGGCAGUGACUUAAUGAAGAGAAUUUUUUUAGGAAGCCGCUGCAGUAUAGCUGUUAGUAAUGUGCCUUAGGACUGUUGCUCAUAUAGGCCUCAAUUUCAUGUUGUUGCUUAAGCUUUCCAAAUGAUUUUUAUAUUUUUGGAUAAACUUUUGAAACUAUUUUUUAAACGUAAUACAAUUUUAAACCAUAUCCCAUAUAUAAAAUAAAUAAAUUAUAUACCAUGUAUAAUUAUAUACCAUAUAUAAAACUAUAUCAAUUCAUGAAAAAAAUAAUAUUAAAUAAUUUUAAAAGUUUAUCCAGAAAUAAUACAUUUAUUUGAAGGCUUUUAAAAUCAAGACCAUAAAUAAGACAAAAUCAACAUGUUACAUUACACUACUGAAUGAACAGAGUCUUUGAUAAACAUAAACACAACACACAUAAAAUGGAACAUUCCUAGAAGAAGGACAUUAAUAUUUCGCUUGUUUUAUAUAAUAUAUAAAUAUCAUUAAUAAUAAUAAUAAUAAAAGUUUACAUUUCAAAGUAACUGCAGGCACGUAAUUUACAGUCUUGGCUGCACCCGUAUCAUAUAUGGAAUUUAACCCAACCUACUAAAUGCCUUUGAACUUUCACACACUUUCUCUCGAGCCAAGGAAGGGCUGCUUGCAAACGAUCUUUAAAUUUAGCUCUGAACAUCCUGUUCCAAUCGCCCUGCCCAUUCACAGAAAGCCUGUCAUUUAUGACAUCAGCACCAAAAUAAUUGUGCGAUAAUGACCAAAGUAAGCUACUGUAGUGUGUGUGGCCUUGCAGAGGGCAUUUAAAAGGCUCUUAUAAAACAGAGGGAGCGUUGAUAACAUUGUUUGCUCAGCAGGAAAGCACUGGAGAAUAAAAAAAAUUCUGAUUAAACCUCCCUUGUCUGUGCUCUGGCUAAAAGUUAAGGCUGUACAGAAAACCUUUUCAGCUCUUAGCAAGUAUCCCAAAUCAUAUUUGUCCUCCUAUGUAUUUAAAAUACACAGGGAUUUAUGAUUACUUUCUUUUUAACCGUCGCAAUACAAGGAUUGAGGAAUGCAUAAACCUGCAUAAAAAGUAAUUUGGUUACUUGGGACACAGGUUUGUUGCUGUAAUAUUGCUUUUUGCAUAUUGCAAUAUUGCAGUCUGACAAUUACAGAAUUUAUAGAAAUAAUAUUUAAAGGGACAAUCAAGGUACAUUCAUGGCAGCCAUGCAUCUGAUCAAAUAUCAAACAAUAAUAAUUAUCUGAAUGUAUAAAAAAUGCCUUAAAACUAAACUCUCGUGCUAACUCAUAUCUGACGGGAAGAGCUGAGACCUAGCAUGUCUGCUAACAGGAAGUUUACAGUCGUAAGCUUUGAAAGGCGCGUGUGUAAUGGUUGGCCAUGCAAGUAGACUCCAUUUACUUAAAUGUUGACUUAUUGAACAUACAUCCUUGUAGCUUUAUAUAUAACAGCAAGGGACGGAGGAUUGGAUGAGACAUCUCAAAAAGUUCUUAGUUGUGUCUUAAUAAUCUGGAAUUUGCCCCAUCUAAGUACCCUAGGUAGAGUCCCUAUGUUUCAAGUUCCAGUAUUAGAGCUAAAGGUUUAUAAAGGCCAUUCAGGGAUGAUUGUGUAAGUAUAUUGUGUCCAAAUAGACUGCAAAAUAAAGGCCUCAAUUAAUAUUAUUGCCAAAUGAUUUAUUUACAAAGAUCCCUAUAUACUUUAAUGUUGACUUUUUGAGAAGCAUAUUACAUUGAGACCAGAGUACCAAAAUGGUUUCACAUAUGGGUUUGUAACUAUUGGAUUCAAAUUAAUGAAUACAUUUAAUAUUCUGGAUAAUAUAUUUAAUGUUAUAUUUUCGGAUAAGGUUUUCAAAUUAUUUUUUUUCUAAAUAUUAAAAUAUAAAAGAUUUCAUCAUAUAUAAAAAAAAUCUACAUAUCACAAAUAUCAAAAUAUGAAAACAUUUGUAUAGCUCAUCCAAAAAUAUUAAAACAAAGGUUGAAGUGAGAUAAAUUGUUUGAGUUUUCUGCUCAUAUUUAGUAUCUGAAGAAAUGUUUAUUCUUAAAGAUAAUGUGUCCAGCAGAAGACAUUGGAAUAGAAAUUGUUUUAUCUGUUGAAACAAAAAAAUCACAAUGCAGUCUUGAAAAAUGUUUUUUAUGUAUGUUUAUUUUUGUUUUCAUUACAGAUUCGUACUUCAGUCACUACAAUGUUGUUUCCCGGAAGACCAUUCAACAUGCUAAGACAUUUCUUAAUAGCAUUUGUACUCCUUGCUCUGAAUAACACUCUUGUAAUAUUUGUACCAACGAUUAAAGAUAUCUUUGGAUUUAUUGGUAAGAUAACAUGCCAUGAACACAUAUUUUACAUUUAGAAGUCAAUAUUGCUAAAUUAAGACGAGACAGUGUCCUUGGGUUCUUAAAUGUGAAAUUAUAUGCUGAGCUAAAAUGAUUACAUAACACUUUCUUACUCCAUUGUGUUCACUUAUGAAAGAGUGUAAAACCUCUGUUAGAGACUGUAAACAAUUGCAAUUAUUCUCAAAUGUGUCAUCCUAUAUGGCAACCAAUAUUGUGACAUGUAGCCACCACAAAAGUCUUGCUCUCUCAUGGGGCUUGUUAAUACAUGCUGAAAAGUAAAAUUGGCUAAAAGUGCAUGAAGUCCAUUGGGUUCAAUAAUUCUGUAGUACCCAUAUUGUUUAACAAAGUGUAACAGUCCAGUAUUAAGCUACUCACCAAUUCUGUUACAAUGGGAAUACUGACAAACCGUGGUAUGUUGUUAUGUAUUGAGUACUGAGUUGGGAACACACACCUCUAUGAGGUACUUCUAAGGGUUCCAAAUAAGACGUUUAUACUAGUUUACUAUCAGAACUGAUUUUAGAGGUACUUGAUUUGAAAACUCAGUAACUCAUGGUAAAGGGAAUCUACACCGAAAAGGAGGCGAGUGUAUUUAAAAGAUGAAAAACUACCAAAACAAGAGGACAUAGUCUUUCAUUGGUCCAAAGAAUAAGACUGGACUUUUUCCCUAAUUUGUUAUGUUUAACAAAGGAAAGGGAUUUAGAGGUAAUAAUUUCAGACAAUGUAAUAGAGCUGCUGGAAAUGCUAGCAGAAUGCUUGGUUGUAUAGGGAGAGGUAUUAGCAGUAGAAAGAGGGAAGUGCUCAUGCCAUUGUACAGAACACGGGUGAGACCUCACUUGGAGUAUUGUAUGCAGUACUGGAGACCGUAUCUCCAGAAGGAUAUUGAUACCUUAGAGAGGGUUCAGAGAAGGGCUAAUAAACUGGUUCAUGGAUUGCUGGAAUAAACUUACCAGGAAAGGUUAAAGGAUCUUAACAUGUAUAGCUUGGAGGAAAGACGAGACGGGGGAAUAUGAUAGAAACAUUUAAAUAUAUAAAGGGAAUCAACACAGUAAAGGAUUUAAAAGAAGAGAAACAACCACAACAAGAGGACAAAAUUAGAGGGGCAAAUGUUUAAAAAUAAUAUCAGUAUUACUUUACUGAGAGGGUUGUGGAUGCAUUGAAUAGCCUUCCAGCUGAAGUGGUAGAGGUUAACACAGUGAGAGAGUUUAAGCAUGUGUGGGAUAGGCAUAAGGCUAUCUUAAAUAUCAUAAGAUAAGGCCAAGGAACUAACAAAAGUAUUUAGAAUAUUGGGCAGACUAAAUGGGCCGAAUGGUUCUUAUCUUCCAUCACAUUCUAAGUUUCUAUGUUCCUACAUGAUUAAGAAAAUGUUGAUCUAAGUUGUGCUUGUUUUGCUACUAUAUGGCUUGAUUUUGUUUACAAUGGUGCCCCAAGCAUUUCUUUUACAAAAAAAAAAUCUUUAAUUAGCCAAAUUCUCAACUUUAGACAUACAAAGAUAAUAAUUAUUUUACACUUGGCAAUACUAGUGUAAUCACAAUCUAAUUUCACAUAUGUAAAUACAAAAGAAACAAAGGAACAAUGCAUGCAAUGUACAGAUAGCAUUCUAUAAAGUACAAUGAACACUUUAUAUCUCAACUGAGGAUAAGGGCCUCGAGCAUUUAUUAAACCCAUUUGUUGAAUUUAACUAAACAACUUAAAUUGGAAGUGAAUUGCAAAUAUUUAUAGCCUUGACUGUGGAAAAAAUAAUAUGCAUAAAGUGACAUUUCUUUACCCUUAUUCACGAAUUUCAUGAUAAAAUAACAAAGAUGGUCUUUUAGGGUAAAUUGGUUCACAAAGUGUCAAAACCUCUCUGGGAAAAUAGUUCUGGAGUCAAUGCAUUUAAUGCAAAGGAACUAUUUAAGCAAGUCACAGCAUGUAAUUUGUACAAAAAGUUUUAACUUUGUAACACUUUUCCCCAUUGAUAAUUUGCUGCUUGUUCAACUCAUCCAUUAGGACUGUUGGGUUCAGAAAUUUAUUUUUUAAUAGAUCAGUAUAUUAAUGAGCUUUUAAAGUGCAUUGAUUGCAAAGUGUCUUUCAUUUAUAUAUCCAAUGUUUUAUAACUCUUGUCAACUCUGCACAUCGUUACAGAUUUUGUGUAGAAAUGUUGGAAUAUUAUUAAUUGGUAAUGAAUGCAAAUAGCAGUUAUUUAAAAAUGACAAAAUGUUAAUAGAUCCAACCAGUGAAAGAGUUUUAUCUAAAUAUGUUAAUGUUUACAAUGUAGUGUCGCUUUGCACUGCCUUUAGCUAGGCAUGAAAUAAAAUGGGAGUCCAUAUAGUUACUUCUUUUAGGAAAACUUGUUUUUAAACAUGUCUUAUAUUUUCUUUUCUAAAGGUGCGUCGGCUGCAACGCUGCUUAUCUUUAUUCUUCCAGCAGCAUUUUAUUUACGAAUAGUGAAAAAAGAACCAUUCCGUUCACCGCAGAAAAUUGGGGUACGUUUAUGCAUCUGUUGUUGAUGGUCAAGGAAAUACUCAGUACAAAUAGUCUAACAAAUCAUAAAAAGUAUAUAUGACUAAGUCCAGUCUUGUAUUUUAUUAAUCUCUUAAAAUUCCUAACUCAUAUCAUUGUAAUAGGUACACGGCAUGCCGAUUCUGCAUUUAGGAAACAUUAUUAUCUAAAUGAGAAACCCCUAGCUUACUUAUUUAUCAAAAGGCAAAUUACAAUUUCUAAACAUACGGAUACUAAGGCAAAUUCAGGACUGGGUCCAGAUUACUAGAUUACAUUUCCUCCAAAUGUAUAUUGUGAUAGAAAGGGAGAGAGAGAGAGAGAGACAGAGACAGAGACAGAGAGACAGGCAGGCAGAGAGACAGACAGGCAGAGAGACAGACAGACAGAGAGACAGACAGACAGAGAGACAGAGAGACAGACAGAAUGGGCAAACAGGAAGGAAUACAGACAGACAGACAGACAGAAUGGGCAGACAGACAGGAAUACAGACAGACAGACAGACAGACAGAAUGGGCAGACAGGCAGGAAUACAGACAGACAGACAGACAGAAUGGGCAGACAGGCAGGAAUACAGGCAGGAAUACAGACAGACAGACAGACAGAAUGGGCAGGAAUACAGAUGGAGAAGGAGUCCAGAAGGCUUGUAGACAGAAGAGCAGACAGGCAGACUGGAAGGAUAACAUAUAGGCACAAAAGCAUAAUAGUCUGCCCACACAAGUGUAUCUGAUGAUACGUUUGUUGAGAUGACUGAGGAACCUCUUUUGAUACAUAUAUUUGUUUAAUGCAGCUGUCUAGCCAUGAAAUGUUAUCUGCACUUGCAUCCAACAUGUGCUCCCCAAACGGUAUUAUGCAGGCCUUCCCAGUGUACACAUUUAGUGAGCAUUAAGUAUGCAGUACCUUUUACUAAUCAGAAGAGGGAGCUUUGCUCUUUCUAAACAUAAACAGAUUCUUUCUGCUACAGUUGUACAAUGAGGUUUCUAAUGAGAAUAAGCUCACCCCCUUGUCACUGUAGGUCAGGGAGAGCACAGGGACGCUGCCCCAGACACAUAAGUGACACAUAAACUGCUACAAUGAUUGCCCUAUAAGUGGCGUUGUUUGCUGUUUGAUGACCAUAGUGGAAAUGUCCCCUUUGUUCCAUUGUUAUUUUGCCCCAGUCAUAAAUGUACACCUAGGGCUUUAUAAUAUAUUCUCAAUGCCUGGUAGCCAGUAAAAAUGAUUUCGGUUAGUUAAUUGGUGAGUCUUUUUAAAAUAUAAAUGGUGAGAGCACUCAAAUAAAACAAACAGUAAUAUUACCCAAACUUGGUUAAAAUAGUAAUGUGCAGUGUGUAUGAGUGUAUCACAGAAGUAGAGAAUUGCUGGCACACUGCAUUUACUGAAAUUGGGAGCAGUGCUGCACUCAGACCGCCUGUCUGCCUCUGAAGAUAAACUCCAGAGGCAGACAGGCGGUCUGAGUGCAGCACUGCUCCCAAUUUCAGUAAAUGCAGUGUGCCAGCAAUUCUCUACUUCUGUGAUACACUCAUACACACUGCACAUUACUAUUUUAACCAAGUUUGGGUAAUAUUACUGUUUGUUUUAUUUGAGUGCUCUCACCAUUUAUAUUUUAAACUGUCACUUGUAUUUAUUUAGUGGUUUCUGUGGCUCCACUAAGGUGAUUGUAGCACCAUCUUUUCUUUUUAGGAUUUCUUCACCAGGGCAUUUUAUUGUUAUUAAUUGGUGAGUCUUGUAUGUAGACAUCUGUUCAUGGAUAACUGUGAGUUAGUGACCUAUAUUUAGUGAUCGGCGAACAUUAAUGGUUUAUUCAAACCCAUAACUUCAUGACAAGAGAUUGUUUAUACUGGAUAAAAUGCAGUAUCACGAUCUCUUCCCUUCUAUUAAACAAACAAUAUAGGCAUUUAAAGAAAUGUUUGGCUUUUUUUUGUAGUGAGUCAUAGCUCAUAUUAUAGCUACAAAUGUAAAUCAACAUACAGGCAAUGUACGCUGCUAGCCAUAUAACUACACUUAAUGGAUAAAUAAAUUAGCAUUCUUUAUUUACAUAACCACUUUCAAAAAUGUAAAAUAUGUAUCCAAGUAAAAUAUUAUUAUUACGUGAGAACAUUUUAUUUGGCAUUAACAGUUAAUAUAUACAGAGCAAUUUACUGUGAGAAUUCAAAAUGGAAUCCAAAUUGAAGGUCAAAAUACCCGAUCUGGAACAAAAAGAGUCUGCUGUGCUUUUAGCCUGAAUAUUCUGGCCCUAAAUUUGAAAUUCACUAUGAAUUCUCACUUCAUUAAAUAACUGUUAGUAAAAUAUUCAAUAAAAUGCAGAUGCCACAUGUAUAGUGUCAUUUAAUACAUGUUUUGUCAAAUCACAUUUUUUUUUCCACCAAAAUGAAUUUAUCAUACUCAAAUUCAAUACCUAGCCCUGCAACUAAUAGAUAAUUACAUGUUUUUUGAGGGGUUGUUUUUUGGUGUAAUCAGCAAUGUUUUUGUAUAACAUUAUAAAUGGCCAAUUGUUUUAAAACAAAGUUCUUCAAAUUAGACCAGUCACAUGUGUGCUUUCUUUGGGUGUGUGACACAAGAUUCGGCAAGUUAAUACGUGACUCAAUAUUUUCGUUGGGACAGGAAUGAAUAUUUGAAUGCAUUACGCAUUGCACUUGAGUACAAUAAAUGAGUCACAUCCUUGCUAUACGUACUAGUUGACAGCAGAGGUCGCUGUUCCUUUGUUGGUUAUAAAAAGAUAAGUGUUAUUACAUUUAUUAUUGUUUUCCCAAGGCAAAGAAGAUACCGUAGCAUAAAAGCAUGCAAAACAUAGUUAUUCGAUGUAUAUUUGUUAUGACGCCUAUUAUGUAAAUAAGAGAAUGCACAAUAAACUGUAAAAGAACACACAAGAAAAAGUCGUGGAAAUAGUAAAUGUUAACAAAAUGCAGGACAGAAGGAAUCAUUUUGUAUCCCUGCAUAUCAAAGUAUUUCAGGAUUGAGAAUAGAUCUUCAUUUUAUUUUAUUUUCUGUGUUUCAGGCCUUAAUUUUCCUGAUUGUCGGAAUCAUAUUUAUGAUCGGAAGCAUGUCCCUUAUCAUAUCUGACUGGAUCCACAAUCCCCCGUCUUCAAAACACCAUUAACCAAUUCUACAAUUGGAGAAAAUUUUCAAUGAAUCGCGGAUUGAUAACAGUGUAGACAAGUGACAGAUUAUCUCACAAAAGACUUUCACACAAUCCAGAGACUGUUGCUGGUACUAACAUGUGGAAUACAUUUUUUUUUACUGCUAGUUUAUUUAUAUUUUUGAAACAUUUGAAGAAAAAAAAUGUUUCUUUUACUAGAUAUUUUAAAAUUGAGUAAUCAUCCUCUGGAUAUACUUGGCUACAAACCAAGCGAGAACAUUCUAUUUUUUUGUAAUUUUUUUAUCUCUUAACGGAAGGUGUCCAUACCUCUGUAACCUUUUUCUUAGGCAGUAUUCACUGCAAGUUUCUGUAAGUCCUUAUUUUGAAGGGUUUCUGUAACAAAAGCAAACAUAUUGCAUUUUAAUAUACGUCUUUACUUUAUAUUGCAGCACUGAAUUGUAUACUAGUAGAGAAAUUAUACUAAUUGAUUGCGAUGAAAAUGGUCGUCGUACAGUUUCGAAAAACUGUAUAUCUUCUUAUUAGUGCCUGUUAUUGCACCUUUUUUAUUUUAUCGCUUUUAAACCACCUGCUAAUCUAAAUAUUACUUUGAUUCACUCUUCGAGUGGCAGGGAAUUUUAAUGAUGCCAUAGGCAGAAUUGUAAUCCCACUACCUAUAUAACUUAUCUCGAUGUACAAAUCUACCAGAAUGAGUUACGUAGGUAGAGUGUGCAGGUCUAAACCUGUUCAGCUGUAAAGUGUCACACGUCUUAAAGGAGACGGUUAAAAAAAACAAUACAGAAGCAUUCUAGCAUUUUUUUAGCAUUUGUUAUUGUUAUUAUUCGUUCUGUAGAAUUCUACUGUGUUACAAAACUGCUUCAUGAAUCAGCAGAUCAUAUCAACAAGUUCAUUCAUGGAGUAACAUUGUACAAUGGGUGUGCCCCACAGUGAGAAAUUCCUGCAACUAAUGUUUCCAUACGAACGUAAGAAACAAAUAUACGUCCUAUAUUUACAAACAAAAACUCCAUGAGAUAAAUAGAGAAAUGAUUUGAUCGUACAACUGUCAAGCAAAAUGCUUCAUAUCUCAGCUUGGGUGUACAGUUAACUUUUCUGAUUAAGUAGACUUUUUAUCGAAGGAUAUUAGAAUAAGCAAAAUAUUUUUUUAAUAUACUGUACCAUUAAGCGUUAGUUCAGUUUAUCAUUGAUGCCGAGUAACUGGACGUAUAAUGUCUAUAACUGGAAUUGUAAUGUCUAUGUAAUAAAAUGUGUAUUUUUAUAAUAGACCAUUUUUUGAAAAAACCUUGAGAGAGUGUGUUUUUAUAAAAUUAAGUCAUGUCACAUAUAACCUAGCGUUAAUUGAAACCACAUACAUUUUUAUCAGAAAUGUUAGCAGAAUGUAUAGAUUGUAAUGAAAAUAUGUUUAAAUAUGGGCGCUCCCUCUCCUGUCAAAUGAUCCUUUGCAUAAACCUCUACACCAAUGACAUGGAGGUAUAUGUCAACCAAUGAGUGACAGGGAGAGCAUAGCUGGCUCUCCAGCUCUUCACCACAGUACAUUUCCAACCAGCAGUCUCUGACAUUGAUGUGCAAUGAAUCCAGCAUGACUGCAUCGUUAGGGAGUAUUGUCCAAGUUGAGGAAGUGUCCCCCAGUAGGGACAAUCAUAUUCUAGGGGAACAGAGAAAAGGCAUUACAAGAGGGUUACAAUACUGCAUCAAACACAGUUCUUCAAUCACGGAGGCACUGCAAUGGUAGAGAGGAGGCGAGUGGCCAUUUCACUGCACCAAAGUGAUUUGAAUAUUCAGUUAUCUUUACGAUAAGUUAUAUAUAAUAAUUGUUUUAGGGGUUGUUACCGGUUUCUUAAGUGAACUCUAACAUUCACUUAAAGACUGUAAAUUCACAGAUAAAAAAAAAAGAUAUUUAGUUUGCGUGAGGCAAGAUUACUAAAAUGUACUUUUGGCCUAUUAUAUAUUUUUUAGUUAUUUAGUUCUUG